GGGCGGUGCUCGCCUUCUCCCGGCGGCGUUGGCUGCUUUCCGCCGGGGGGUCACGUGGUGAGCCCUUAGGCCCCUCCUCUCAGCUGCUGGGCUUUGGGGCGGUGGGGCUGUGCUGGCCGCGGGGGCUGCUGGGUAAUCCGACUCCAGAGAGGGAAAGAGAAGGAGGGAGGCGGCGGCGGAGACUGGCGUCGUCGGGGAGGCCUUGACCCCGCCGCCCUCUCGCGUUUCAGCGCAACCCCGGCUCGGCGGCCCCCAGACAUGGAGCGGCGGGGGAGCCGGAGAUGGAACUCCGCCUCCGCGCCUUUCUCUCCGCGGUGAUCUCCCUCGGCCUGCCCCUCCUCUCGCCUGUGGCGGCGGCGGCGGCUGCUUCUUCUGGGGCCUUCCUGGGUCUCCUCACGCCCGCCCGGCGGUGGCGGCAACCGGGAAAUGGUCGGGGUGUAGCGACGGAGCCAGCGGAGGUGAGUGACCGGGCGGCUCGGGGCUGAGCUGGCGCCGCUGUCGGCGGCACUUGGGCUGGGGCGAGGCAAGGUAAGGUAGGCCCCGCUUCACCCCCCCCUCAGGUAGCGGGAAGAAGGAGCCCUCCCUGGGGGUGGGUGAGACGGCCCCUCCCUCCUCGCUGCCGAGGGCAGCAGGCUCUUAUUACACCCCCGUCCCAGACACCCCCCCCCCAUAGAAAGCGUCGAAAGUCGCCUCAGGAUGUAUCUCCCCCGCUCUUUCCCUCUUCUUCCGGGAGGGGUGGUGGUGGUGGAUGGGUAGGCAUUUUCUGCUUCCGCUCCUCCCUCUCUACUUUGGAAUGGGCUUCCUUUCUUCGCUUCUCCCACGCCCCGGAUUCUCCCCGUCCUCCCUCCUUCGAAAUUCAGGGGAGCUCCUCUCCCUUGGAUCCCUUUCCUACUCUGUCGGUUACUGCUCUCCGUACUUCAUCCUUAAGCGAGGCAUCCCCAGAACGACUGCUAGCAUAGGGAUAAGCACACCUGGUUACUAGCGCUUCUCUUUCUCCCCCCCCCCCAUAUAUAUGCCGUAUCGCAUAAAUGCACACACGUGAGGGCUUCUGAUGAUACAUUGUGUGUUGGAAGGAUGGAAGCAGAGAUGGGACGGCACUGCCUUUCUUUCCCAGAAGUGCCAGUAGCUUGAGAUAAAUGUGCAUCUGAGCUUGUUCUUGGAUGGUUUUGCUAACUAAACCACCACCACCUCCUCUAUUGCAAUAGUUGGGUUUUAAUCCCACUCACUCCAGUGAUCAGUCAGCAGUUUGUUCAGUUUGUUAUGUUGUUGAAAUACUGAGUAGCUCUUAGGACAGAUCAGGCAAAGCGAUUGUAGAUUUGUAGAUUCUGUAGAUUGCUUUUUGAGUGAGUUUUCUGGCAGAUCCUAUCUGUCUAUGUCAGCAGAAGUUCCUCUAAAAGUGAUAUGGGGAUUUCACCAUCUCUUUUGUUACUAUACCCAAAGCUGCAGUAGUCUCGCCAUUUGAAGGAAGUACUGUCUUGAUCUCUGUUACCCCACACAGAAUCUGAAUUUGAAAUGUCUUAUCCAAUGUAACAAGGAUAAGAUACAUCUUAACUGUAUAACUAUUAACUCUUUAACUGUAAUACUGAGGGCAGGUUUACAUAAUACAAGUUCUGUAUUUGUGGGACAUCCCAACUGUCCUUAACAAUGAGUAUUAACAAAUAUAACAUGUGAAUUGCGUAAUUGUGAACAGAGCAGUCCUUCCGCAAAGGUCUACUAUCACUGGAACUCCUGCUGGCACAGUUCAUGUGUUGUGUUGAUCUCGGUACUGUAUGUAUACCUUAGUAAGAACAAUCAUAAUUACUUGUGCAAAAAAUGUAUUUGAACUGCUUGUGUACAAGUAUGGAAUGGUAGCUAUAGUUUGGAUGGGAUCCAGAAAGCCUUGGAUGAUACAGCUCUGGGCCAACAGUGUUGAUAGAAGAAGCUUUCAAUUGUGUUGAUCUCUUUCUAGGCAGCAAUGAGAUGUUAAUGAGUCAGACUUAGUUCCUUAUCAUCUGUUGAAAGAGCUUGACUCUGGGAAAUGUGAAAAAGAAACAUUUUACAAUUUACUAUAUUGCCUUAAGGAAUCAGGACAGUAUCCCUGCACUGUGAUUUGAAAUGUAUGGUGUUGAGAGUGAGAGGAACGAAAGUCAUUCAGCAAAGAGUAGUGUUCCAAGGAAAAUACUGCUCAGACAAGUAUCACACUUCUUUCCUUUUGUUUAUUACUGUGCCUGUUACCUUCAGCAAUUGACUGUUGUUUAUCAGGCUGAUAAUUUAAUGGGGACAUUUGGAUUUAAAUCUGUUGAAUCCUAUUGACGAUAAUAGGAUUAAGCUAGUUUAAAUCUAAAUACUUUGCUUUAAGUGACGGUGAGUUCAUAACCUAAGCCCCACAAUUUGUUUGGACUAAAUUUUCUAUAUAUCACAAAAUUAAGGCUAAAGAAUCUCUUAGCUUACUUUGUAUGCGCUUGACUAUUCCUAUGGGAUGUACCAGAACAGAAGUUUAACAAAGACUCCACCAAUACUUAUGAGAUUACACUGUUUAUUGUCAAUAAAGUUAUGAUUUCCUCCUGACUUAAAUCUUGUCUCAAAGCUGCUGUAGCCACAAGUGGGGGCUGAUUUCUGGUUUAAGCUCUUAAGCCCAUAUGUUUUCCUCUCUGCACAUAAUAGCCUCUAGGUUGGAGCAAAUUUAAAUUUGGCCUUCAGCACAGGGGCAAAGGGUUGCAAGUCCAAAUUGCCCCCCUCCUUAAAGAUGUCAUGGAACUCACAUGCCAUGUAUAGGUUUAUUUUUUUACCUGAAUGGAACUUAAGUUUAUUCACCCUCAUCUUCUCUAUCACUGACCUGAGACGAAUAGAGAGAUGACACUGCUUCACCAGGAGUUGACAUUUGUCAUCAGUAUAUUGAUAGCCAGGUCAGGUAGCCAGCACCAGUUGAUGUAAGUUUUCUGAGUAAUUUUGAAUUAGAAAACUAUUUCUCCUCUCCUUACGUAUAAUGUGUGUGAUUCUUAAUUUGCAAAGUAUAUAUGCUUUCUAGGGAAAAUGACCUGUUAAAUUGUAGUUUAAUUGGUAUGCAGCAGGGAAUCCAUUUGGUGAUUUUAUCCUCAUCUUCAGUUCUAAACUGAUGAUAUGGUGAACUAAAACCUGUCCUUAGAUCUUUGUCAAAUGCAUUUUUUGGGAGACAGGGAGUUGUCUUGGUUAGGCCAAAACUUGGAUGAAGAGUCUAUAUACUUCCUGACAGAAGAUCCCUGCCAGUGCUUGUGUCUUGCUGUGUUCUCACUGUUUAGUUAUUCUAAGGUAGAUUGCAGUCGUUGUCAUUUUAAAAUAUGUGACUUCCCAGUAGCAAGUGGCAAUCUCAUGAAAGAGGUCAGUGAAUAGACAUAGGCCUCCCUAGUCCAGUUCUAACAUUUUAUUUUCUGGAGCACCCUGGUUCUCAUAAUAUUUCCUAUAGAAUGUACCCUGCCCUUUUAUGAUUGUUUGUCUGCAAGGCACUAUAUUCACUGACACUGUAUAAAUAAUCAACAGUAUUUAUCUCUUCUGUUUUAAGAAUCAGGUGAUCAUAGUUUGAACAUGCAACUAAAAAUGAACUAUAUGCAUAAUUAACAGCUGCUUCCCAUUUAGUGAUGUUUGGAAAUGCUAAGGGCAUGAACUGCCACUAUUAAAGUGUUUAAAUAAUAUCCUAAUAAAUACUAAACUAAUACCAAAUUUCUGAAAUGAGCUUUGACCAGAAACCAUGGUGCAGCAAAUUUAGUGGCACUCUGCUGACAGUAAGACUUUCAUCAGAGGGAAAGGGAGGAAAACCUCCCUCUGUAUUCCACCCCCGCCCAAAAGAUUGCUCUAGAUCAGGGGCGUCUAACUUCCAAGAGACUGUGAUCCACUCACAGAUUAAAAAACUGGCAGUGAUUUACCCUGUUUUUGGGGUGUUCAGGUCAAAGUUGUUGAGCUUCUUUUAGGGACAAAAAUGUCAAAAUUGAGGAAAGGGGAAAACUCACUCACCAAAACAUUGCUAAGAAAAUAAUCUGUCUCACAACGAAAAGUCUGUCUUCCAUUACAGCUAUCAUGCGAAAAUGGAGGACAGGCCAAGGGGGUGCUGCUGGAUGCUCUGAUGACAAUGCAAAGGAAAAGGAGACCAUGAUCAACUGGAACCUUCCAGGGAUCAAACAGUCGAUCCUGAUCGACCUGUUGGACACCCCUGCUCCAGUGUGUCAAGCAAGCAACUGAGAGGGUCUGCCUUUGUAAAUUACAAACUGCUUAUUGACAAAUCAAUGGGUAAUGCAAGAGGUCUUCGGGAGAUUUGGAAAGGAGAUCCUAGGUAUCAGCACUGUGAAACAUGACAAGUUUGAUAAGGUCUGGCCCUAUUUUAUAAGUUACAUGAAUAACUCACCUGCAUCCACUGCACCAUAUGACAAUGUGGAGUUACAUGGAUAUGAAAUUACCUGUUCAUUGUGUUGCUUAGUGAUCAUUGUAUUGUAACAGGAAAAUAUAUUUUGCAUUUGUAUAUCCUUGGUCCUGAAUGGGUAACUGUGCCCCUGAAGGAUCAGGUGCGCAGCCUGGGAGUCAUUCUGGACUCACAGCUGUCUAUGGAGACGCAGGUCAAUUCUGUGUCCAGGGCAGCUGUUUAUCAGCUCCAUCUGGUACGCAGGCUGAGACCCUACCUGCCCGCAGACUGUCUCGCCAGAGUGGUGCAUGCUCUAGUUAUCUCUCGCUUGGACUACUGCAAUGCACUCUAUAUGGGGCUACCUUUGAAGGUGACCUGGAAACUACAACUAAUCCAGAAUGCAGCAGCUAGACUGGUGACUGGGAGCAGCCGCCGAGACUAUAUAACACAGGUCUUAAAAGACCUACACUGGUUCCCAGUACAUUUCCGAGCACAAUUCAAAGAGUUGGUGCUGACUUUUAAAGCCCUAAACGGCCUCGGUCCAGUACACCUGAAGGACCAUCUCCACCCCCAUUGUUCUGCCCGGACACUGAGGUCCAGUUGCGAGGGCCUUCUGGUGGUUCCCAGAAGUUAGAGGGAACCAGGCAGAGGGCCUUCUUGGUAGUGGUGCCCGCCUUGUGGAAUGCCCUCCCACCAGAUGUCAAAGAGAAAAACAACUACCAGACUUUUAGAAGACAUCUGAAGGCAGCCCUGUUUAGGGAAGCUUUUAAUGUUUAAUAGGUUAUUGUAUUUUAGUGUUCUGUUGGAAACCAGCCAGAUGGGCGGGGUAUAAAUAAUAAAUCAUCAUUAUUAUUAUUAUUAUUACCUUUUAAAUCACACUGUGGCUAUUGAAUAAUAUUUAUUAAUAAUUUCAGAAUUACAGAAAAGAAAAAAAAACAGCACUACAAUACAUAAAAAGAAGAAAAAACGCAAAACAUAAAAACCAAUACAUCAAUACAGUAAAUUAAAAAUAUAUAUAUAUAUACAUACAUAUAUAUAUGAAAAAGAAAAAAGGAAAGACACAAAUCCCAUAUAACUUCCAUUUGCUUGUUUCAUUGACCUCCUCACACCUCCCUUUUUGUAUUCUAGUUUAGUUAGUUAUUUCAGCAAAUUUUUUCCAUCUUUCUCAAUUUUUAUUAAAUAAUUUAUCUUAACAAUUUAACCUAUUAAUUAACUCGACAGAUCCUUUCCAUCUUUCCCCAUAUUCUGUUAUUCAAAUUACCUUAAGUUAUUUAACCUUAUCUUACCAUAAAAUACCUUAAAGCUUGAAACUUAAUACUCAUUUAUACAUAACCCCUGAUAUCAUUUCUGCUAGAGUCAUAUAGUUUCAUUCCAACAUUUUCCCUAAUAUUCAUUAAUUUUAGGGUAAUUCCCUAAAUAAAAGUUUUCUUUAUAAAUUUUCUUCCAAUCUUCAUCCAACGUCUCUUCUUCCUGGUCUCGGGUCGUGUCAGUCCUUACUGUCCAUUCCAUCUAGUCCAUCAACCUGGAAGCCUUAUGUCCGAGGCCCUUAAGUCUCUUCCAUGUCCCUUCUGCAGAUCUUCUUCUUCUUGUUUAUACUUGCACUUUUCCUUGUCUUUUGUUGGUCUCUUUCUUAAUUUCUUUCCUUUCUUGUUGAGGAGUAGGUCUCUGGGGGGUUCCAACCCAAAGUUAUCUCCGUCUCCCUUCAUCAAAUCAGCCCAUUCCCCACAGUCCCACUCCCCACAGUCAUCAAUAUAAUCCAAAAAAUAUUUGCGAGCAUAUUUCAAAGUCUCUCCAAAGUCAAAAGCCUCCUCAGCUCCAGACUCCCCCUGGCCAACUCCAACUUCAAUCUUCAAAAACAACAGCUUAUGCUCCUGUGGGGCCUUGGGCCUCUCCAUUUGUAUUAUUUGAGGUGCAUCUGCAACCUCCUCCAUUAUCUUCUGCACUUGCCCAAUCAAUACAGGUUCCUGAGUUGGACCCUGGAUGAUUUCUGUAUCACUAGUCACUGAUUGUCCAUAGUUAUUGGCCACAACAGUCAUCAAAUCCAUUUUCUCAUUCAUCAGAUCCAUCUUCUCAUGCAUCUGUUCCAGCAAAGCACUUGUCUUGCAUAGAGCAAGCACCAAAACUUCCUUCCAGCUCAUAUUUAGUCAAGGUCAAAAGGACUAAUCCCAUGAUCUUAAUCUCACAGCUGUGGCUGCAGCAACAAUUUAGCAAGCUCCCUCUAGAGGAGACAAUUUCUAUUUGUAUCCAUCUUUUAAGGCAAGUCCAACAAAGAAAAAUUACUUUCAUUUUUUCAGAUAUUUUGUUUCUUUAGAAUGCAAAAGGCAACAUUGGAAUCAGUUUAUUUCUCUUCUUUAGCUAUCUGUCAAAAUAUUCCGUUCACAGUCAGUGAACCUCUCCAGCAAUUUCUGUCUCGGACACCCCGUUCCCAGGUUAGAGAUGAUGGAAACUUAUCUUUCUUCACUCCCUCUCCUGCAGGCGUUACACAAAGUCCCCCCCCCCUUUUCUCCUGCUUCCAAGGGGGUUUCAGUAGUUGUAAAUGAAGGAAAUUUAGGCUUUUUAAACGACUUUCCAGGCUUUAGCUUACAAGGUUUUUGCUUCAGUCUAUGUACAAAAAGCGGAAGGCGGACUUCCUGUUUUGAACCUUCCCACUUCGAUGUCAAAUUAAGGUAUUUCUUGAUCCAAUUUUCCGUUUCUACUCACGGGUACUUGUUUUAGAUCCAAUUGUCCACAGGAAAAAGUCAGUGCUCUCCAGCGAUGGCUGUGCGGCUUCACUCCGUGAAAGUAGCAGUCAGUUCGCAGCACCGCGCCGCUCACCCCACUUCACUCCGGAAUCCCCAAAAGGGGUUCCCCGUGAGUAGGGGGGGUGCUCCAGGUGCCCUGCCAAACCCCACGUUCCCAGGCUUCCUCCGCCUGGGAUUUCUAGCGGGUCCCCACCUUUGCUGCGGCGGGAAGACCCAGUUUCCACGGAGCUAGUUCCUCCAGUCGGAGGAACUCCGCCAUUCACCGAUGGCGCUGACCUGGAAGUCCACACUGUGACUAUUGGAUUUGAAUUGUUUUCUUUUUAAAAAACCCUAAUACAGUGAUUCUCAAAUGGUGUGGCAUUUGACAUCAAGUAUAGUGGGAAGAUUCAAGGAUAAUAAUCAAAGAAACAUUUAAACAUUUCAGUGUAGUAUAGGAUCAUAAUAUGUUUUUAUUUUCAGAAUAUGGAUAAAUAUUUUUUCAAAAUGAGAGCAAGAGCAUCAAGUAUAUUGAGGACAAUCCUAGUUGUCAUUUAUAAUUAUAUUUUUGGAGUUAUUCAAGUUCUCAUGUAGCUGCAUUGUUUUACACUUUCUGGAUGUCCCACGAUCAUAUUAUAAAAUAGUUGUAUUCUGUGUUAUAAAUUAAGCAUGAGCAAAUUUUCUCUGGUACAGAGAAAAAGUUUGAGAACCACUGCUUUAAUAAAUACCUUUUGGGGGUGAAAUUUCUUUCCUCCCAGUACCACUGAUUGAAGUCCUACUGUCAGCUGAGCAACACCACUGGACACAAUCCACUGUGAAUAUAAAACUAUAUAUAAAAUUCUGAAAAGCUGGUACCUAUUUAUAGCCUUCUCAUAUUUUACAUAGUGAAUAUAUAUAAUAGCUCACAUAGUCCUAUAUAUAAAAGAGACUUUUUGUCUUAUUGUUGAAGCAGUAUUGAAUAUAUGCUUCCCAUCCUUAUUCUGCUUUCAGAUAAGAUGGCAAUAUUGGUAAGUAGGAAGGAAUAACGUUAUGGUGAAGUAGUUAAGUGUUGUUUGUCAACAACUGGAAUGUGUUCAUGUAGUCAUGGUUUUUUGCUCAGUCUUAGAUUUAUGAAGAAUUUUUCCUUCAGGUCACAGUGGUUUGAUGAAAAGCCUGCUUAAUUUAUUCUUUGCUUUUGUGUUUUAUUGCAGUAACAGGUAUGGUUUGCUAGAAGACAUUCUGGUAUGAUUAUAUCGUUUGAGUCAAUAGGCAUGUUCUGUUUGGCACAGACCAUAGAUAUCAUGCUAUGGCAGGUGCAUAAGCUGCAUACUUACAAAUGUCUGGGCAAAAGAAAUGCAGCCACUCAGGCAGAAAUGGAUUGAGGAAUUGAAGGAUUUGUAUAAGAUUUACUGGGUAAUACAUAAAGAAGUGGAAGUAAGGCAUUGUGUGUACCAGCCUUCUGAAUUACCCCUCAAAGUUACUAGCCUGCAAAUAAAUAAACAACCAGCCAAUGUACCUGCCUUGUACUUACAAGAGGAGUUGGUAGAGUAGAGGGAUCUUUCUAGCCUUUCUUAUGAGUAGAUGAGGAAAACAUUUGAAAUGAAGCUGACUAGUGGAAGGCACAUGGGAUGUUCCCUGCCUUGUUCUCUCCUCACCUGGUUUCUGUGCCGAUGUGCAGAAAGGGGCUUCACUGCCUGGUUGAUGAGCAUAGAAGGCUUGUCAGUAAAGGCAUGGGUCCCUGUUUCACUUCAUCAGCUCAUUAUGUUUUUUUGUUGAGCCACACAAGGAACAAAGCACUCUUCUCUGUGUGUCCAGAACAGAAGCUUAGUGGACUAUCAUAGCAACCCAACCUUCCACUGACAGACUCCUUGAUUUCCGUUCUAGGUGAGGAGGAGGCAAAGUGCCUUCCUAUACAACAUAAAACUGAGCAGACUGCCAGAAGAAGCGGGUGGGUGGGUGCGCGCGCACACACAAACAAUAUGUAGCACCCUUAAUUGAAAAAUCUCAGGAUGGUUAACAUUAAAAUCCAAUUGAAUAACCGUGUACUGGAAGCAACCAUUUUACAUUCAUCCAAUUGACACACAACCAUGCACACGCUCAUCAUUACUGAAGCUGUUCUUAAUAGUUAUAGUAAAAAUGUUAGACUGGGGGAAAUGGAGAGGCUCGGGUAGUGAAGAAUGAAUGCAAAGAAAUGUAGCUACAUGCACAUGGCUUAAUUUUAGUUGGGAAUGUGGGCUAAGGUUAGGGCAAUCCUAUGUUACUCAAAAGUAAGUCCCAUUGCUUUCAUUGAGAGUUCUUUGCAGCUAAAUGUGUACUGGAAUGCAGCUUUAAGCCCAAAGCCGUAUAGAAGAGACAAAUUUUGGGCUGAGGUUUGAAGGAAAUUGGACAGUGAGGAAAGGGGAUGGGAACAUCAAAUGGCAACAGAAAGGCAUAGAGGGUCACCAUUCAAAGUGUUAGCAGAGUGUAAUUGUGGCAGUAUGUUAAGACUUAAGCUUGUGGCCAUAUGACUUUGGAAAAGUUUAUGUUUCAAGAGAGUUGAGCCAAAUUCUUGUUCAUUUUUGCAGUUAAGUGAGAUAAUACAUUGGAGAAGAUACUAAAAUUGUUGAUGUAUUCAUAAGAAGUUCUGCUCAGUUAAGAAGGUGAUGAUACCUUUGUAGGCACCAAAUUCCUGAGCAAUGAGAGAGCUGUUAAUUCCAUUGUGUUUCUAUAGUACUUCCACUUCUUGCCAUAGUUGGUUUCUCAGUCACCUGACAUAUAUCAAAUAGUCUUAACCUGAUGAUUUGAUUAUAUGACUAAUGUUACAUUAAGGCAGUGAAUAAGCUAUAGUGGAUAGUAAUGUACAGACUGUGUAUUUGAAUCUACAGAGAAAUGAUGAAUACCUACAUACUAUUGGUUCACAUAUAUUUUUGAGUUUACUUAAUUAUGGAAAUAAGACAAUACAUCAGGAACUGUCAGAGCUAUGUACAUGGGCAUGUAAAAGCAUGCCCCACAGAAACUCUGCAUGCUAAUCAUUCUGCUGUAACCACAAGAACUAAGAGUGAUAUCUAAGUAUGUCAUACUCAGAUUAGUGCCAUUGAAAUCAGUGAACUUGCAUAACUUAAGUACAUUCUGAGUAUGACUAACACUGGAUAUGACCCUAAAUAUCAAAUUCUCUGGAAUAAUAUCCAGCUUUUCUCCAAAUAGUGUUGAUAUAUUAAUUUCUUUGUCUUGUGGCUUUUGUCCUGAAAACUGUAGGUCCUAUGAAUUAAGUGAAGCUCAAGUCAUCCACUGGUAUAAGGAUAACUGAACAGGAAACUGUUGAAACCAAAGACAGUUUGUUUUAUUUCAGUGAUAGACAAAGCUGAUAAAGGUUUAUUAGAGCUUUCAGAAUGAAAGUGGAUGAAGCCAACUUCGAAUGUUGUUUUGUUGUCUUUUAGCUUGCUUUUUGCUUUGUUGGUGAAACAAGGAACAGCCAGGCUAGAAUAAUCCUCUGUAUUUUGAAUGAAGUAGAAACACUUUUGGAAACAGACCAAUGCAACUAUAACUUUACUAACUUCAGUCAGCAGGGUUUAUCAUAACUGGGGAAUCUCGUAACUGCAACCAAGCAAGUUGGCAGCAUUUUUAUGCUUCCUUUGGAACAAUGAGGUUCCAAUUAUAGAGAAACUGUCAUCUCUGAUACUCUCAUAAUAUUGAGACUUAAUCAUUUUAAUUCAUUAUAUUGUUAUUUGACAAAGAAUGUCACAUGAAGCCAUAUUUUAUCCUGUUAUCAAAUAAACUGAUAUUUAUUAAAGUGACAGAGCUUCAGACCUGGUAUUAAAGGUGAGAGAAAUAAACAUAACAGAUUAUGGCAUUUAAUUGCGAACUUGGCAAACUAUGCCCUCAUAAGUUUAUUCUGCAUUAUUACAUUCCUGGCAGUUUCAGCUGAAAUACGAUUUUUAAAAGCCCCUUUUGUGUGCAAGAUUAUAACAGCCCUAUGCCAACAUUAUUGCUACGAGUGAGGCAGUCUGUAACUGACGCUGACAUGGAUGCCUGUAUAUAUCAGAUACAUGCAUUGAUACAAGUUUGCUGUGCAUCAAAGCCACCCAUUGGAUACUAAACUAAAAGAUACCUGCCUUUGAAAGAUAGGGACACAUUCUUGUGCACAAUGGGUAUAUUACAUCACUUAUUCCAAAAGUUUUUGAAUUUCUUGCUGAGCAAAUGUAUUUACCCUUAAGCUUUCAGAAGCAUAUAUUAUAUCAGAAAUGACCCAAAGGCCUUCAGUUAAUUAAUAAUGCCUCCUAGGGUGGUGCUCAUAUUUUAGAGUGGAGGGUAGAACUUAGUCCUUAAUAAUAUCUUGUGGAUUUUGUAUUGUCAGUUGUUUUAGUUUUUUCCUGAUUUUAAAUUGUCUUUUACAUACUUUUGUCAGGUCACUUUGAGACUUUAUUGUAAAAAGUAACUGAUAAAUGAAAUAAAUAAUUUGCUCAUUUUAGAUUAUACAAGUUUGUGUAGAACUGUAUUAGCUCAGCAUUUACAUGGUAUAUUGAAAUAAUUUCUUAGAUCUGCUGUACUUCUAACUAUUUCUGGUGGUAGUUAGGUGGAUAGGCAUCCUGUGGAAUAACCAAGACCUAGUUAUUUAUAGCUGUGCUGGAGCUUAUUUAUCAUUCAUAGCCAAAUAUUGGCAAACAUAGCUCAUGUUGCAUCAUGUCUAGUUCACUGGCACUGAAUGUGCUUUUGCUUAUGAAAGCAUUUAAACAACAAACCAUUCAAAAGCCCUCAAGACCACUGAAAUGGUGAUCUCUUCUCAAGGAGAUACUUCAAAACUCACUAACAUUCUUUAAUAGAAUUUUUAAAUCUUCUUUUUCAAAAAGCCUUAUACAUAAAUGCGUAAAUGCUUGUAUUUGUGUUUUGGGCAUGAAACAUGGCGGUUGGCUAUACAGUACAUUCAUUUGAUUUGAAUAGCACUGCGCUGUAUCUCAGUGAUACUGCAUGUGCUUUGCAUCCCAAAAGUUCCAGGUUAAAUCUGACAUCUUGACAUAGAUCUGGGAAAGACUGCCUGAAAGUGGUUAAACCCUGGAGAGCCACUGCCAGUCGGUGUGAAUGGUAUUGAACUACAUGGACCAAUGGUAUCACUCAGUAUAGCAAUUUUGCAUGUUCUUAAGAGGACAGUACUGUAGUUUAGAACGUAUUAGGUAAUGACAAGGGUGAGUAGGAAGAAAUGAAACCACAUCCAAAAAUGGUGACAUCCUUUGACAUCUUGAUAUCCUUUAUCCUACCAAUUUCCUAGUAUGUGUGAUGUGUGUUGUUGUUUUUUUGUUGUUGUUUUUUGUCAAAUGAAGGUAGAAUGACUUUUAAAGAUUGAUAUGUAAACUUCUGCCUUUGGGCAAAAUGCUAAGUGUUUCAGAAUAAAUGUUCUUAUUGUCAUAGAACAGGGGUCAGCAACCUUUUUCAGCCAUGGGCCGGUCCACUGUCCCUCAGACCAUGUGGUGGGCCGGACUGUAUUUUUUUGCGGGGGGGGGGAUAUGAACAAAUUCCUAUGCCCCACAAAUAACCCAGAGAUGCAUUUUAAAUAAAAGGACACAUUCUACUCAUGUAAAAACGUGCUGAUUCCUGGACCGUCUUGCAGCUUUAAAAUAAAUAAGUAGAGUUUAAUUUUUCAAAAUCACCCUUUCAUAGAUAGUUGAUGGUAGUGAAAUAAUGUAUUUAACUCUGGUUUUAAUACUUAGUGUGUCACUUCAUUUGAUCUUCAGUGGUGUUUAUCCUUCUACCUUCCAAGUAUAUUUGCCUGAGGACAAGCUUAAGGUUUGAAAAGUCACCUGCAAUGUUGGUUUUUAAAGAUAAUUACUGAUUGAAGUUUGCUUUUGCUAUAAAGCUUCUAAUUUAGUAAAUAACUGUUGCUGUUUUGCCUGCUUAAAGGUUAAUUAAAGUUACUAAGUUAAUUGUUUGCCUUCUAGGCAUGUUUCAAAUAAUACUCUUUAAUAUAAAAACUAAACAUCAUAGCUAGAGCAAUUUCAUGAUUUCCUAACGCAUUCUGUCUUUAAUAUUCAUAGUAAUAUUUCUCAUUCUGGAAAAAUGGUGCAUUUUGUUUAAAAAUGUUGGGUAGUAUCCAACACUGCUAUUCCGCUAGUGCAACAGACUUCCACUUGCACAAUAAAAUCCUCUCUGCAGCCCUGGCAUACCCUCCACAUCUGCUCUAGAGGGUUGCAAGACCCUCUGGAGAAGAUUUUGAUGGUGUGGGGGGAGGGGAAGUCCCAUAAGUCACACUUAGCAUUAGAUAUAAUCCAUUACACUGGUACCUCAACUUAUGAAUGUGAUCCGUUUCAGGGUGCCAUCCGCACCCUGAAAAGUCUGUAAGUAGAGUGUUGCUACUACGCAUGCGCAAAGCACACAGAUUGCUUCUGUGUAUGCACUGAAGUGUUUACUUCCGGGUUUGCCGCGUUCAUAACCUGAAAAGCUGCAAUGUGAAGCAAACGUAACAUGAGGUAUGACUGUACUUCCAUUCUAGUUUAUAAAGGAGGGUGUUACUGAGAAGGCAAUGGAUUAUACAAAAUACGUAAAGUGAGAUUUAUUCCACUAGCUGUUAAUGGUUACAUAAGAUUCAGUUUUGCGAUGAACCUUUGUGAGCUUUCCAGAACCUUGAGAGUUUACUCGGCUCAAUCUGUGACUGGGAGGAGUGGAUUGACUAUAAACGUUCUGUGCAAUAAAUAAGUCAUCAGCAAGAUGUUUCUUGUGAAGAAGCUCUUCACUGUGCCCCAUCAAGUGGUUAUUAGUGGCAGUUAAACUUAUUGCUCUGGAAAUCUUGGGGUGACCGCAUACCUAUGUGUUUAGAAGAUACUGCACAUUAAAUAAUCUCUUUUUAUAACAGGAGUGGGGAACUGAGGGCUGCAUUCUCUCAUGGAAGAACUUCUGGGGGCUUCAUGCCACUGAUGAAUGAGGCCAGAGGCAAGAAUGGAUUGUGACUCUUGCCUUCUAUAGUAGGCUACUAUCCAGUCACACAAAAGCCAGAGGUUCUAUACCCACACACCCACACCCUCCAUCUAGGUUACCAAGAAUCAUUGUUAGAGGUCAAGGACAUAUUCCAGCCAGGCAGAAGCACUCAAUGUCGGUGCAGAGCAGGCCUGGGGAGGGGUGUAGACUGGGGAGAGGGACUUGCCCAGGAUGAAUGCCAAGGGUGAGACAGAGGCCUAGAGGGCUAUAUUUGGCCUCUGGGCCUACAGUUCCCCACCCACACUAUUUAAAGUAAGUGAAUUUCAUGGAGAUUCCGCAACUUAACUUCCUUCUGCUUGUAAUAGACUGACAGCCUAGGCAGAAGUCAAAUUAUUGUGAUAAUAGUGUUAAUUGAAGUUGACUUAAGAGGAUAUCCAGCUUUGUGAUCAGAAAUGUACUCAUUUAAUGAGGUUUUCCUGCCACCAUUUCUUCACAGCAGCCCAUGCACCCUCAAGAAGCCUCUACUGAAGGUUGCAGGAGUCAGGAAAGGCCCAGUACAGUAUGUGACAUGGGCCGCAGUGGGAGGGGGCAAUGACCAAAACUUAGAUGGAGGCAGGUUGCACGUGGUAUUGCUCUAGAUGACUUUUGGGAAAGAAAAGUAGUGGCCGUUGUGAAUUAACCCUCCCUUCCAAAUUUGUUGUCUACCCUGCCCUCACCUUGGAAAUCCAAACUAAAACUCAGCCCUAAUUGAAAGUAAGUUAGUGUUCUGACUUUGCACUCAGCACACAGUGUUCACAAACUUUCUUGUAAGUAGAAUCUUGUUCUUAACUUAGAUGCUUCCUUGAGCUUAAGGGGAAUCCUUUUAGAUUUAUGGCUUAUAUUUAGAGCAGUAGGUCAAAUUAAAGCAGUGUUCUGUUCCGUCAGAUGUCAGUAAGCCUGUUUUAUAAGGGAAACCUUCCAAGUUCUUAACCCACAAGGAUCAGAAGCUCCUAUUCAGGGAGGAAGUAUAGGCAUUUUUAGAGGUUGUUGUAAAUUUGGAGAUGUUUACUGAAAUGUGUAUUUAGAGUAGAAAUGUCAUUUUUAGGGAACCUAGAAACAGCAAAGCUGAGAGCAUGCUACGGAGGAUGGACACCAAGGAGGCUCUGUUGGGGACAGAAAGAAAGAAAAAUGAGGUAGAUCAAACGUAGAUGGCAAUGUUGUAUAUGGGAAUGUGUGUUCAUAGGCUGGCUGGUGGGAGGUGAUUUGAAUAACCAUAAAAAAUAGAAAGCUGAAGUUAAUAACGUGUUUAAUUUGGUAAAAACCUUUGAUUCUCUUCUUGAUUGGCCUAUUCUAAUUAUGCAGGUAACAUGAUCUAAGAGUAGGAGUUUGUUUAAAUAAUGCUUUGCGGUUUUACAUAUCAAAGUAAUUGCAUAAGUUAUACCAGUGUCAUAUCUGUAAGGCAAGUUGUAGUGUAGAGGCAAUCCCUAUCUUAAAAAGAAUGUACCAGAGGGUGUUAAAGGGGAGGGGGGUUCAUAAGACUGUCCAGGGGACAACCCUUCAUCAGUUCCUUUACCUUUGUACCCAUUUAGGUAAUCAAAUUGUUUUUGUUCAUAGCAACAUGAACCGUGAAGACCGGAAUGCGCUGCGUAUCAAAGAAAGAGAGAGGCGUAAUCAAGAAAUUCAGCAGGGUGAAGAAGCCUUUCCACCUAACUCUCCUCUCUUUGCUGAACCAUAUAAAGUUGUAAGUGCAUGAGGUUUUUUAAAAAUGCAGUUUUUAUCUCACUCCAAAUUAAAGUGGUUUGAGUUUUCCCCCCCUGUAAUACAACUUCAGUAUCAUAUGGUUUCAUUAAAAUACGAAUAAAUGUCAUUUAUAUAGUGGUUCCAAGUCUUACAUCCUCAAAAUUCCUGUGAUGUAGGCUAGAGUCUACAAGAGACUUCACUGUUGCUCUAGACCUAAAAAAAUUAAGAAACCUGGAAGUUGUGUUGUUAUGAUUUGAACGUUUUUAAAGUAAUGUUGCUGAAAUAUAAGAUUACUAGAAUUUUAUGACUGCUCUGGUUUUAACACAAGGACAUUUUAUCAACAUUUUUUUAAAAAAGAAAGAAUUAAAUAUCUAAUUAUGAUAAUAUCAUUAACUAUCCACACUUUAAACUAGCUUGCAGUUGAACAGCCUAAAUUUGAAGUUAUAGAAAUGAUAAAUGUGAAUUAGAGCCCUAAAGUAUUUGAACAGAUAAUUGUUAUAAGUACUCUUGCCUUUGUAGUAAAAGAGUAAUACAGCAUAUUAACAUUUUUGAACUUUGUAGACAAUAGUCUAUUAAUUACAAGUAAUUGUUGGAGUUUGAUGUUUUUAGUCUGGCUCUUUAUGUGUAAGGUUCACUAGUUAAUAUUGCUAAUUUGCUUUGUUCAUGCAGUUAAAUCUAAUUGUAGCUGUUGUGAGUAAGAUUGAAACCAAACUACAAGGAAGACUGGGUUAUGAAAUACUGUCAGUUUGAGAAAUUUGGGUUUUGUUUUGUUUUGUUUUGUUUUAAAUACUGACUUGUUUUUGUGAGGCUGCAAAUGUAACCCUGUACACCUCUCUUUCUGGCAACAGAAUGGUUAAAGGUUAAUUUUUUUAAGUUGUGUGUCAUUUAGCAUGUGCAUUUCACUAACAGUGACAUAUUUUCUUCAUAUCCCUGAAUUUAAAGUUAACUUGGGUACAUGUUUCCCUUCCUUCUCAAUACCAUAUUCCUCCUCUGUGCUCUUCAAGGUGUGGUUACUGGACAAUCAAUACCAUCUAAUUAUUUUGGUCUGUGAUUUUUAGUAGUUAGCGACUCAUUCAAGGUGCUUGUCUCAAAGUGUGUGCUGUUUAUUACGAAAAAUACAUAUGGUGAAGGGAUUUGUGUUGACUAGUAAACGUUUGAUAUCGGGCAGCCUACAGAAUACAUUGGAACGAAUGUAUCUAUCCAUGGUGAAGUGGGAGUAAGGAGACCCACUAUUUCCUUUGCCAUUUGUGUGUACAUCAGGUUAAAAUGGUUUUCUUUCAGGAGGCCUUUGCAUUAUGGGUGCUGUUUUCUGCUCUCUUGUAUUUUAAUCUAUGUUUUAAUUUUUCUCGGUUUCAUGCUUCAUUAAUUAUUUUUGUAAGCAGCUUUGUGAUACAUAGUAAAAAGUGUGGUAUAAAUUUCUUAAAUAAUAAUACAUGAAACACGACGGAAGGAAGGCACAAUGACCUGUCUGUCUGAUCUUCUUCCUCCUUCAGCCACCUUACAUUUAAAAAUGCCACUUAAGAUAUCUAUCACACUGCUCUAGUAUAGGCUCUUAGCCAUGUUAUAUAUGGAUUGGCCUGGGCAACGGGGGCAGUUCUAGAAGGGCUGAAUUCACCCCCAGCUAUAAGAUUGACCAGUGCUGAUUUUGACUAACAGUCACUAGAAAGAAAAUCUUACUUGCUUCUUCUAUCCUUUAAAAAUAUUCAUAGGAGUGAAAGAAGGGAAAGUAGUCAUUUAUGUUUUUAGUCUUGUUUUUUAAAAUUACAUGCAUGAUGGAAAAAGAUAGAUACAGUGUACUGAAAUGCUAAGUAAGAGGAGUACAGCUUAAACUACCUGAAAGGCAUGUGAGUAGAGAUUAUAAUAAUUAAUGAGUUUCAGUUAUUUAAGAGGAUUUUUUAAAUUAUCUAUUUAUAGAUAAAUAGUUGCUUGAGCUUUACUACUUUUAAAAAUCUGACUGGUUUCUAAAUGUGCAAAAACCAGUUUUCAAACUGUUUCUUCUAGCAUAAGAAGCUUUUAGAGCCUUUCUCAUUUUGCUCCCAGAACCAUACAAAUCCUAAUGAAUGUGACGUCUUGGGAAUUCCUAAGAAAGCAUCCUGAAAGCCUCUGUAAAUGGAGAUUUUGCCUUUUGGUCCUUUGAACAGUUACUUAGCAGAACCAGGAAAGACCCUUAUAUGUUCUGGUUGUGAGGCAUGUAGAGGGACCGCUUGUCAUGGCCACUUUGUUUGGUGAAUGGUAGCGUUAGAAGGAAAAUCUGGUUAGGGAUUUACAGAGAAUCAUUUGUGCAUUUCUGGAAUGAUAAAUAUAAUGGGUGAUAUCCAAUGGUGCCAAUUCACAAGCGGAACAUAUUUCUGCAAGAACAGUGUGACUUCCCUUCUCCUUCUCCUCCUACAGCUCCCUGCAUGCCCCCCAGGUCUGCUCUAGAGAGUUGAGGAACCCUCCAGUAAAUUGGAGGGCACUAAGGCUGCAGGGGAGGACAAGAGAAAGGGGAAUUUCACUGGUGCAGUGUUGGAUAUUUCCUAAUGACUACACUGUUGGAUUCCUUAACUGCAAGUUUUGUUUCUGUACAGUAGGGGUGAGGAACCUCUGGCCCAUAUGCCAUAUGUGAUAUCAAAUGUGGGCCCAGGUAUCAAUGUGGUGUCAGAGGAACAAUUGGAACCUUAAAGUGAGUUCCCUCUUGUGCCUUUGCUGGAACAAGACAUGCUCCAGGAUCUUCAAGUAGUUUGCAUUGAAACCACAGCAGUGGUGUUAGUUAAACUGCUUCCUGCUCCUAAAUCAAGUCUCUUUGAAAAUGCACUGGGAGCACAUAUUCAGAGGGGCUCACCUUUCACUGUCAGAUGGGUAGCCCCGCCCACAGCUCAGAUUUAGCUGGGGGGGAGGUACAGCAGAUACUGAUCUAGACUGCUGGGGGAAACAGUCUGCCACCCUUGCUGUAUAGGAUGUCAGUAUGAUAUGAAAAUGUUCUUCUGUUUUAGAAAAGAGAUGUUUCUAAUAUAUUAUUUAUACUGCACAUCUGAAAUGAGGCUUCUUUUGAGCUUUCUAAAGGAAAGGACACUUUUACAGGAGUAGAAUAAAUUGCAUUUUAAUAAAUAAGUAACCAGUAAUUGCUGAAUCUUGAAUAUUUUUGUCAUGAAUAUGGAGUUUGUAAGAAACAAUAUGAUUCAAUAUGAUUGAAGAGCUAGAUAUAAUUUAUAUUGGUUUUAGUAAUAAACAAUAGAGGGCGCCUCAUCAGUUAAUUAAACUUUAGUUUACUGGUGGCAAUUAAUAAAAGUGCACAGUACUGUUAGUAUAUUCAUGACAAAAUGAAUUUUGGUGAAAUCAGUAAGCAUUAGCCAUUGUGGAUGGCAGAUUAAGUGGUUCCCACGUUAAUUUUAUUUUUGGUGCAAAAUAAAGACUGACCGCUUUAUUCUGUAGGUAAAUUUCAAAUAUAUGUUAUCAUAAAGGACAUUCAGCUGACCCAAAAGUUUAAUUGUAGAAGGAGUGUAUUUUAAAAUAAACUUCUGCAUCAUGUUUUUGUUCUUUACACAGACCAGCAAAGAAGAUAAAUUAUCUAGCCGUAUCCAAAGUAUGCUUGGAAACUAUGAUGAAAUGAAGGAUUUUAUAGGUGACCGGUCCCUCCAGAAGCUUGUUGAAAUUCCUAAACCAACAGUACCAUCAACAACAGAUGAAAAAUCAAACCAAAGUUUCUUUGGUGAUCAGAGGCACAGUACUGGCUCUCAUCAGAGCAGCAAAUGGACGCCUGUAGGUCCAGCACCUAGCACUUCUUCCCAGUCGCAGAAACGUUCCAUAGGUUUACAGAGUGGACAUGGUGGCCAGCGCAACAGUGGCAAUAACACUAGCAGUAGUGGGCAAAGGCAUGACCGUGACUCGUAUAGCAGUAGUGGGAGUAGCAGUAGCCGUAAAAAAGCCCAGCAUGGAUCUGAACAUUCAAAGUCCCGUUCUUCCAGCCCUGGAAAACCACCUGCUGUUUCUUCUCUGAACUCCAGUCAUUCCAGGUCUCAUGGAAAUGAUCAUCACAGCAAGGAACAUCAGCGCUCCAAAUCUCCGCGAGACCCUGAUGCCAACUGGGACUCACCCUCCCGUGUCCCUUCCUUUUCUAGUGGUAGUCAGGCUUUCCCUCCUUCGCUUAUGUCUAAAUCUAACACAAUGUUGCAGAAGCCUACUGCCUAUGUAAGGCCUAUGGAUGGUCAGGAGUCCAUGGAACCAAAGCUAUCUUCUGAACACUACAGUAGCCAGACACACAGCAACAAUAUGAAUGAACUGAAACCUGGUAAAGCACAUCUAACAAAGCUGAAAAUUCCGUCUCAGCCACUUGACGUAAGUUGCCUUAAAAAAAUUAAAAUAAAAUAAAGCUCAUUUGUGCUUAUUCCAUGGAUAAGAGAGACUGCUUAGAAAAAUACUUUUAUUGACAUCUGAGUUGUAUGUAAGGAACACACCUAACUAAAAUGCAAUAAUUUCUUUUAAUUACAAUUUCUUUGACAAUUGAAGGAUUUACAGCUUUCUGAUCUGCCAUGAUUCUAAUAACUGGGCAUUUAUGCUGGUCUGGCCCGGCACAUGUUUUUCCUUGGGUGUUUCAGCUUUAAAUAAACACUAAUGUGACAUUAUUAUUAUUUUAUUUACAACUCAGUUGAGCACCUGCUCAGUCAUAGUGGAAGAUAAAAUUGUGCUAAAUAUUGACUUUUAAUAACGGUGUUUUAUUAACAAGCGUAUAGCAGCCUCAUCUACUUCCCAGUCACAAAUGACUGGUUGGAAUUCAUUGCUUCAUGAAUGGGUUUGCACAACAGGACUUUCCCUUCCUUUCCUUCCUCUGCAAGCCCCGCCCCCUCCGGUACCUAAAACUGUUUUGGAGGGUUUCCAGGCUUUGAGGGAAGUCCAGGAGACUGCAGGGGCAAAUGAAGUCCCAUUGCACAUCCAAAAGUCCAUUCGGCUCACACAGAGACAGUAUUGGAUACAACCCUCCUACUUGGUCAUACUCAGAGUAGAAUAAUUGAAAACCAUGUAAUUGAACUAUUACAGGUUAAUUUGAAUAGAUUGAUUUCAGUGGGUCAACUGUGAAUAUAACUGACUUGGACAUAACACCCCGUUUGAAAAGAGAAAGUGAGAGAAUGUGUACUGUCAUUGUUCUGCAAUGUCUUGCACGUUAAAAUAUAAUUAAGAUGCCAUCUGAUAUUUAAUUUCAAAUAUGAAACAGUAUUCAUAUGGGCAUUUAAUUUUUCAUAGAUUACUAUUUCAUUUUUGUGUGUGUGUGCUGGAUCUGACAGUGCAAAAAGAAAUGGAUAUGAGAAACUGGGUUCUACCUUCUUCUUCUUUGGCAAUCACUCGUAGCCGAGUAAGAUUGUCUUCCAUAAACACGGUUUUAACAAUGAGUGCGUAAGUGAAGCAUUCAUGAAACAGGAACGUUAAAAUUAUAUUGCUUAGAUUAUCAUUUUUCUCAGAAAUUUAAAAAGUUAACAAUAGUUUCCCUCAGCUGCGUACAUUUUAGGAAACUGAUGAGAAAUACAAAGGUGUGAACAAGUUAUGAAAAGAUGUUUGUAGAGUCUCUCUUCAUCUGCAGUAUGAAAGCUGCUCUUUGUACCUUAAUACUGAAUUUGAAUCCCAUUUUAAGUAAUUUUAUAAUAAUUGAAUUUUCUAGAAGUUUCAUAACAUUGAAUUACAAAUAUGCCAGUUAUGUUCUGAUCAUUCCUUUGUAGGCAUCAGCAUCCAGUGACAUGAGCAGUGUGGAUGAAAUUCUAAAAGUAAGUUGUUCUCUUAUUCUGGCUUUUGAGAUUUUCUUGUUUGAAUGUGUUGAAUUUUUGGAAAAAAUCCAAAAUCAAUUACCCCUGUAUAUUGCUCAAGAUUUCAUUAAAAACCAAUUAUCCUUUUUUCCUCUUCUGUGUACCAUUGGUAUCCACCAGUUUGUUCUCUAUUUUUAAUAAUACUUUCGGAUUAUUUUUCUAAAGUCUUCCUUUGGUAAAGUCUUAAAAUAUUUUAAAAGAAUAUUUUCCUGCAUAUGCAAAUCAGUAUGUUUUGUUACUGUAUUUUCUCUUCAGACAUUAAAUAAAAAGGUUAUUUAACCCCCCCCCCAAUUGAUUGAAUAUGCAUAGUGGGAAAGCAUAUCAAUAUAUUAAAUUAGCAAUAAAACUGAUGGAUUAAUAAAUAGAUGUUUUGUUUUCCUUGGAAGGUUUCCUUAAGUCAAUCAAAUAAUUUUUGUGUAUCCUGCAUGAAAAUGACAUUGACGUAAUUCUGAAAGACUAAUCACAGUCAGUUUUGAAAGAAGAUUGUUGUAACUUCCUCUCCACUUAUUCCUUCCAUUUCUCUCUGGUAAACCUAAAGCUUUUAGGUUAUUUGGUAAAUAUAGCAGUUUCAUUUAAGACUCUUAGUACAAAUGAAGUAGAAUCCCAUGGGUGUUACUGUUCUGAAGAAUGACAUAUACCAGCAGGACAGUGAGGGAGACAAUUCAUUCUCUCCUUUGAAGCCUCCAAUUUUUUGGGGGGCGGGGUGAUGACGAGUGAUGACUGUCAUGAUUAGAUGGGACCAAGGGAGAAUGCAAGGAACGAUUGCUAAAAAUGUCUCCAUCUCUUUUUUCCUGAUGGAUGCCUUUUGUCGGUAGAACAACAUCCAUUGGAUUCCACCCAUAGUUGGUUCAAUUUAUCCCUGUUCACAAGGCUAACAAUUAUUUUUUAAUUCUCUGAUCACAAAGUUUUGUUGGGAUUGGUAAUUGAUAGCGUUGUAGUAAAGCAAAUACUUCGGCUUGUGCAAGGACACCCCCCCCUUUCUCUUUUCCCCUGCAGCCCCCUGCAGCCCUGUAAAAUCCACUUCGGAGCAUUUGGGGAAUCUUCCGGUCAAUCAGUAGGGGACAGGAGACUUCAGGGGGCAUGAGAAGAGUAAAUCUUAUUACAUGAGUUGGCAUCGUUUCCCAUUAUUUUAAUUUAAAACACUUGUAAGCUGUGCUUUUUGGUUUGCAUUAAGUUAAAGGUAUAAUGGUUUCUGGAAUCUUUGGUAUGUGUUCUGAACAGGAGAUGACCCAUAUUUGGCCACCGCCAUUGACAGCUAUUCACACACCUUGCAAAACUGAACCUUCAAAGUUUCCAUUCCCAACAAAGGUCAGUGGAUAACAGAAAGAUCAUGAUUGCACAUGGCAGUUGGCUGAUUCUAAAAUAAGGAAGCUACCUUUUGUCGAUCAAGAUUUUCAUCAUUUAAUUAUAAUUAUUACAGCAUUGUUCAUUCUUUGUUUUUAUUGGCUUCAUGUUAUAUUGUUUGCUUGAAACUUCUGCUUUGGCUUUAUUUUUCCUUAACUCUGUUUGCCUUUCAUAUUGAACUUAUUAUAAUUGUGUCCUGUUCUUUCAUCUAGAACAAAUUUACAUACCCUUUUUAACAGGCAUGUUAUUUCAUGCAUUCAGAACAUUAGGUCAUAUGAAUUGUUCAAAUUCUCUUCCUGUCAGGAAGCUCCAGCUAUGCUGUUUCCAUACACAAUACUUUGUGUUCUUUUAGACAUCUUAAAAUCUGGUGCAGCCACUUCAACAAUAGUGAUCCUGGGUUGAUUUGUGAGGUUUAUCAACAGCAAUUUGUAUUGAGCAGGUGACUUGAGUUGAUGCUUAAGAAAACCCUUUUCCUAGGUAAACUCUUGUCUCCUACGAAUACCCCAGUAGCUGUCUACAGUAUAUGCAUAUUGGAGGCUAGAAAUGUACAGAAAUUAUCAAACAAGAAGACUUUAAAAUUAUCCAAAGAAGGCAGAACUUCUUCAAAAUGCUCCUGUUUUGUAGCAUUUAUUUUAAAAAAAUGUUGUCGUGCUAUUUGCUUUCAUUUUUAUUCAGUUCAAAUAUUAGUUUGUGGAGUGAUCUCUCCAUGUUAAGAGAGAUCAUGUUGUGGGAAAACUCUUAAUAUCCUUUGCUUGAAAGACUUUCUGACAACUCAUCAAAAGAUUAUAGCAUGUAUUUUUUUCAGUAUCAUGUUUUAACGUAUCCUGAAGAGACAAACAUGAUACAAUUGGCACAUGGUUUCUGGUGGUGCCUAGGGCAAAGGUUUAUUACUUACAUAAAUAUGUUAUUUUAUAAACCUAGUGUUUGUUAGUCCUUAAUAGACUCUGUUAUUCAACUUCAAUUUUUCAUAUAACUACAUGAAGCGCUGGCAGUAGUGAAUUUCUCAGAGUCAUAUUAGACGGUUACCAAUGGCAAUAGCUUAGUUUUAUGAUUGCAUUCUUUCUACUGUUCUUGAAAAGGAAAGUCCUAGGUUCAUUUGUUCCAUGUAAUCAAGCAUAAACACAGUAUGUAGUACCUACAUGAUUAUGACAAAUAUGAAUCACCUCCAGGCAUGGAAACUUUUGUAGAGAGACUAUUUAGAAGAAAGUGUGUGUUGUAUUACUUUAUUUCUUUCAUGCCAUUUACUUACCAUACUUGAUUAACACAGGCAUCUCUUGGAACACACAAGACUAGUACAUGUUUGUUGGCUAUUUUUAAGUACAUUUUAAUGUAUAUUUUUAAUUCAAAGAACUCAGGAUGGAUAAUAGUUAUUCAGUAGAACAACCAUAACAAAGUAACAAAAAGCACAACAUUUUUUGCAUCUUUCAGCUGAACAUAUGUUACCAAUCAGUUACCAAGAUUCUAUGCCAGCAGCCAGGUUUUGAGCUGAUGUCUAAGUGACAGAAGCAUAGAAGCUGAAUUGGAAAGGGCAGGGAGUUCUAAAGCUGGGGUGCACAACAGAAAAGGCCUGCCCCCAUGAUGAUGGUAGAAUGUUGAAGAGAUCUUUUGUGGAAAAGUAAUCUGAGCAGGAAAAUGCACUCCACACCACUGUUGACACUUGGGACAAAAGUGGUAAAGUGUAAUAAAGGAAUACCCUAGAAGCAGGACCUGCUCUUUUGAAGAGGCCUGCAACACCUAAUCCAAAAACACAUAAUUCCUAGGCCUCAGAACUGUCCAAUCAUAGCAUCUUCAUCUUACCUGGAUUCAGUUUAUUACAGUUGCCUUGAGUGCCUCACCCAGCAGCUUCAUAUAUAUGUUAGAUACCACUUAGGAUAUAAGGAAACCCUGCAGGACUGCAUGGACCAACUUCCUUGGACUCAGGCAGAAGUCCCAUCCCCCCAAACCACCUUCUGGAAUCAACCCUGUGGGUUGGAGUGAAAACACUCUGACAUUGUGUCUCCUACUCUGCCCCACGUAGUCAGUGGUAUCCGAAUUUGUUGCAGUUUGUGGCAGAGGGUUCCAGUGGCCUUUCAUCUGAACUGGAUUUCAGCUGUCUAGUCACUAGUCAGAACAACAGUGCUGGACAACUCUUGGAAAAUGUAAUUGAGAAAGCAAAUCAAUUCUUCUUUGUUUCCUUCAUAUAAAUUGUGCCUGUAAUUUGUAUUUGGCCAUUCUGGGACUCACACAGUGUCGGGCUUAAGCUGGUAUGGAUGAGGUCUUCUUACUCCCCACUAGAAGCUGACAAAUCAGACUUAGAUAACUCACCAGCAUCUUGGUACACUCUGGACUGUACCACCUCUUCUUUGGUAAUGGCACUUGCACAUCUCCAUACUGCAGUUUACUCAUCCUUAGGAGAACAUCAAAUAUUGGGAGAUGGGAUAGGCUGGUGUUGCAGCGUUAGCUCUCCAGAUGUUCCUCUGAUUAUCUCUUGCUGCUCCUUCACGUCUGGCUGCAGCUGACCUCUGUAGAGAAUCCCUAGGCCCAGGACUGAUGUGGAUGCCCAAUGUAGAUAUUUAUCUUACAUGCAAUAGUUGUAAAUUGUCAUAUGUAGUUGUAAAUUGGCAUUAUAUAAAUGUUAGCUUGUAUAAAUGACUGUAUGGCAUGAGUCAUGUAGCACAAAAGUGGUAACCUCAGAAUUUAGAAGUGGAAGCUUGAUCCAGGAGAAUCCCUAGCCUUAUGUGCAAAGUAGGCAUUUCCUUUUUCCUUUCCGAUAGUCAACUAUCAUCACUUUAAAUUUUAUUCAUAUUCAGUGGGUUGCACUUAAAAACGUGUUUGGGGGACACCACUGUGUGUGUUCAUUAAAAAAAGAAAAAAGGAUGAGAAACUUUACCAUGCGAUCAGUGCCUUAAACCAUAGGAAAGAAGGCAUCAGCUUUUAGGAUUCUCUUGGCUCUAAAGUCUGGGGAAGAUUCAGAUAGGCUUGGAUAACACUUCAAAGGAAUUGUUGUAGUUUUUUCUAAAAUUUAAAUAAUCAAGCACAAGCACAACUAAAGCACUUCCUCUUUUAGUAGUCUCUGUUAAACAGAUAAGUAACCUUUUCGUAUUUUUACAGGAAGCUCAGCAAUCUAAUUUUGGCACUGGAGAACAAAGUAAGUGUGUGUUUGUAUUAUGUACUGAAUUAUUUCUCUGUUUUUUUUAAAAAAAGAAUUUACAGUAAAAUUCUCUUUUGGGUGCUUUACUUGAAUAAAAGUUCUAUUGAUAGUUUUUCUGGUCUUGUGGCUAGGAUGCCUGGCCCAAUAAAAGACCUGAAUCAGAAUGUUAAUGUGUUCUCAUUUUAUCUAUUUUUGUGUGUGUGCUUACUGUACUAGGAAGGUUUGAUUUGAGAAUUAGUGCUUGCUAUUUUUGUUCCCUUUGAAAGUUGUAGCACAUUUUGAGAAAUCUUUGCCAUUACGCUCUGAAUGCUUUCAUAACUCCUGUUUGUGAGAAUUAAGGAAGUUCAGCUGGUUAAGACACCCUGGAGAAUGAGCUUAAAGUAAUCUCUAGGUGAGAAGGAUAAGUAACAGAACAGCUUCACUUCUAGCUUACUUGUGUUUCCCUUAUUGGGACAUAACUCAGAGCAGUCCUUGCCUGUCUCUGUAGCUUGUGGGAGACUGUGCCAAUUUCUAUUAUUCUCUGCCCUUGGAGUGCUUCCAUUCUUUAAACAAAGGCCGUUCUUUUUAAGAACUGGCUUUCUCCAAAAUAAUAAUUAUGACUAGGAAGGCAGUCACUGUGAAUGAAACGGGACUGCACCAUUUAAUUCACAACAUCUGACUUAAUGUCUUCUGUAACUAGGAUAACUAAUUGAUUAAGUUGUAAAAGCAUAAGUAGUUAUUCAUAUACUGUGACUCCAUUUAGAUGGCACAGAGCUGAUUGUCAAACCAUUAGUUUGGCAUUUGGGCACACGUCUGUAAGCUUGCAAACUACUUCCCCUCCUUCCUCACAGGGUUCUAUAGUAUGAGAUAGUUGUUGCUUUAUUACAUGUGAAUGACAUCUGAAUCAGACAGAUUGGUUAUUUCUAAGAUUAACUGGCCUUUAUACCAGCAGUUAGAAUGGCAAAUGAUCAAUAUUUUAUUAUUUCCAUUUUCGAGCACCAGUUUCAAGUCUUGCCUCUCUUGCUGCACUUCUUGUUUUAUUAGAAGAAUUUUACUGGAAAAGUGAACUUGAAAAGGUCACUCGGCCCCAACCUAGUAUUUGUAUCUUGCAUCAGAACCUCCAACAAAUGCGUGCAUUGUUUCCUGAUCCAUAACAAGUGCAUCUUGUUUCCCCUCCCUCUCAAAAAGCACCAUUCUGUUUAUAUGGUCUGUUGUCAGUUGCUUCCAUCUACUUAAGUGAUUCCUGAAAAUGGUAGGCCUUCUUCUGGUGGCAACACAGUUGCUGCGUUGACCAAUGAAUUGCUAACGUUGUCCAGUUUCUUCAAACCAUUGCAUGACUCAACAUCCCCAAAGUGUAAACAUUUUCUCAUUGAGAUAGCAAAGAAGCUCAAAACAAGUUACAUUAGGCUGCAGUCCUAACCCUGUUUCCCUAGAAGUAAACCCCAUUGAUUAAAAUAGGAUUUACUUCUGAAAAGACAUUGUUAGGCUUGUGAUGAUAGUUACUAGGUCUGAAGCAUGUGAUAUUUUAACUUUAGGAAACAUGAUAGGAUGAGGUAUUUUGAAAUGUUGCGUAUUACUUUUGCCUUUGAGAACAAAAGGUUCAUUGCUCACCUUCUGCAAGCAGGGGUGAUAAUGAAACUGCUGCUAAGAUAACAGCAUUACUAGCCAAAUCAUUAAGUAGCUGUGUGAAAUAAUAAACAGCACAUUUUUGUCUGGAACAAUAUCUACUUUAUGUUAAGGGAAGAACUUGUUUAUAUUUGUAAAACAAACAAGUCAAACUAUUGAAUCACUUCCUAGUCUGUGAAUUCAGUAGUUGAUUUACUGUUAGUCUUUCACUCUCCUUUUUUUUAGAAACCAGGUAAAGACAUAGCUAGAGUACAGUAGUAAGUUUAGCAUGUAAGUCGGAAAAGAAAGUGCUACCGAAUGCAGUGGGUUAGCCCACUCUUGCAGUCUGCAUCUGAGUCAUGCUUGCCUCCAUAUAUAUCAUUUGGGUGAUGUUUAUGUUUUUGUAACUUAGUGUUCAGCAAUUAUUUUAUCUUUCUCACCUCCAGAAAGAUACAAUUCUUCAUCAAAAGCAUCUAAUGUCCACCAGUCUAAAUCGUAAGUAUGCCCUAUAAUUUUCUCGGCAAUAUUUACAGUAAUAUUCUGAAAAUAUAUAUGAUGGAAAUGGCCAUAUUGAUUCAUAGAGAUUGGAACUGCUACGGACAGAAAAUCUAUAUAGUUGCAUAGUACAUCUCUUUACUUUUAAUAUGCUCACUUUCAAUAUAUGUUUAUGAGUGAUGGGAUUUCUUAAUCAGGUUAGUAAUUCAACAUGAAAUCUUGAGUGGUGCUUCUUGAUUAUUUACUGCACAAGGACAUCACUUUCACUUGAACUUUAUAUACCCAGGUGCACUUAAUUCUCAGUACUUCACAGCCAUAAAAGAACGUGGUUUACACUUGAUGAAGGGGGACUAUUAUGGUCAAGGCUACACAAUUUUUGCUUAGCUUGAGUAGCAAAGCCUAACUUUGCAACUUAACUUGGGAAAUAAUGUCUAAUAGUUAGUUUUUCUUGGUAAUACUAUCCAUGUACCCAGCACUAUGCAGGGAAUAAGAGGGCAAGUCCUUGCUCAAGGAGCUUACAAUCUAGAAAAAUCCUGUAUUCGAAAUAAACAUAGAGAUGGCAUAUUUGGUCUUAAUAAAACUGACCUCAUUUCCUUGCAACGGCAACUGCAAAUUCAUUUCAUUAAAUAAUAAGCAAUCAGCAUUUUUGGAGAGACUCACCUGGAGUGCCCAACUUUCUCCUAGUGCCCCCUUGGUAAUCCCACUGCCCUUUAGGGGGCAGUACUGUCCAGUUUGGGAACCAUUACCUUAGAUGAACAUCAUUCAGCUGCAUGAAUAGUCCUAAACUAGAUAUAGCAAGCUAACAUUGCCAAGCAACUUUUAUUUUACUCCAGAACUACCCAGAAGGUUGAAUAAUUUUAACCAUAUUUCUGUUCCCCCCCAGGUGUGAAUCAAACCAGACAAAGUAAGAUGCUAUGUUUGUUACUGAUGUCAAGUGUUGCUUUUAAAUUCUUGCUAAUGCAAGAAGUGUUUUAUUCAUAUUUUGUUAUAUGCAGAAUGUUAAUUCACAGCCAAGCUCUUGGAGAGUUCAUAGUAAAGCAUGAAAGAGUUCAAGUUAAUAUCCUUGAAUUAUGUUUUAAAAAUAUAGCAGUGAUUCUUAAGCAAAUGGUAAAACUAAAAAUGACUUACCAUUAAUUUAUGCCAGAAUUUAUGAAGCCUACUCUGUAUUUAGUUUCCCUGUCUCCUACCUUUUUGGUGUUGUGUGGUCUAUGCUCUUAAAAGUUUAGUCUUAGCUUUUUUCAAAGUACAUUUUGUCUGUGAUGUACUGGCCUUUGCACUUGAUGACUGCAUUUUCAGUAUAGUAUUAAUGGGUGGUGGUGCUUGCAGCAGCAUUGCACCGGUGCCUAUGAGUUCCCUAACCUUGUUAAUUGGGAUAGGAUUCUGCUUAAUUCAGGCCCACAGCGUUCCCCUUUUUCUCUGCCUAUAUGUGACUUGCAUGGUGCCCCACUCAGUGCUCCUGCAGUGAUUCAAUGUCUUGUGUGUUUUCCUUGUUCCAUCAGGACAACUAUGCUACUUAAUAUAAAAGCUCUUUUGAGCCUAUUUGCUCAUUGCAUUUUGUCACCCACCACAAGGAUGUUAAGUGUCUUAAUUUCUUCUGUUGCCCUUGUAAUGGUGUAAGCACUUCAGGAUUUUCAGUAUGCUUCUUCAACCGAGUGUCAGUCCAUUAUGUAAAGGGAUGAAAAUUAAUGGCAAUCAUCACAAAUUAGGUUAAAUUGUUAGGAUAGUAUGGUAUUAUUUGGUAAAAAAACACACACCAAACCUUUCCUUUUUCUGUUUGUUCCUAGCGUUCUUAUAAAUGACUUGAAAAUCAGCAGCAGCGAAGACAGUGAUGUCGAGCAGGUUAUUUUUGUGUUUUUUAAAAAAUUUUCUGUCCUGCCUUUCUACCAAGCUACACAGGGGAGCUGACAGCACCAUCAAAAUAAAGUAAUACAAAGCACAACAUUUAAAAAGGCAAAAACUAAAAAUGAAUAGAAACAAGCAACUAAUACACUGUUUUAAAAUAGUGUGGGAAUUUGAACCCUGGGCUCUCAGUUCCUAGUCCAAUUCUCUGGACAACUACAUCAUGCUGGCUCUCAGUUUUGAGAGUGUAGGAAGGGCUGGCUGGGCUGCUUUGCAAGUGAAAGGGAGAAAAAUACUUGCAAAUGAACAUGCCAAUUGACAUUCAAAAUCUGUCAAACAACAUUUGAAAUAGUAUAACACUGCUAGGAUGGCUGAUGGAUCUCAUAUUAUGUUUGUCCAUAGGUUGCUUGUAAACUUUGGCCAAUUAUGCAAUAUUUUCCCUAGUUUCCAUUCUUAUAGAUGGAUAAUGUUCAUGUCAGUGAAAGACAGAAAAAUAUGUUUUUCCAGUACCCUUGUUGAGUGUGUUACAAGGACAGUAAUUCUAGUUUGGAUCUUUUAUUUCAAUUAUAGGAUUCUGAUAAGACUGUGCCAAGAGGUACACCUGGAAGGUAAAUAUUGGUUGAUACACCUGGCAUUAUAAAGCUAUGUUGAACUGAUAGUACUAUAACAAUUUAACUGUGGGGAAUUAAGAUAUCUGUUUAAAGCAAGAGCCAAUUAGGAUUUCAUCUUCAAUUGAAUUGCCAUGGGUCUUCAACUGGUUGGGUUAAACAUUAAAAUAUUUCUUAAUAGUCUUAUGCAUGAACUAUUUUAUCCAUAGUUUCAAAGUAACUAUGGAUAAAAUCCUAUAGCUUCCUUUGAUUUUUGUUCUACCUUUCCCCCCAGUAAUUCUGAACCUUCCCAGCAUACAAGUGAAGGAGCCGAUAAUUCUAGAGAUGACUCAAGCAGCCAUAGCGGAUCUGAGAGCAGUUCUGGUUCCGACUCUGAAAGUGAAAGUAGUUCAAGUGACAGUGAGGCAAAUGAGCCAUCCCAGAGUGCGUCUCCUGAGGUAUGAUUUUUUUCCUCCCUUGCAUGUGGUCUUCAUAUUUCCCAUAUGUGUCUAUACACAGCAGUAAUGUGAGAAAAGGGGGAAUAUGAAUGUUAGAGACUAUGCACUGUUUAUACCCAGCUUAUUAAUGUUCAUUGAUCUUUCAUUUUAGAAGCAAUCAUAUCCAAGAAUUAAGGUGGAACAGGACUUCCUAUGUGUUCAGAAGUAUACAUAGAAACACAAUCCAGCAUGGCCUCUGAGCUUCUGGGACUUGUGGAAUGCUUAGUGCAUUGUCUAUAGGGAGAUCAUCUGAGUUCACACUGAACGCCUGUUCUUGUUUCCACCUUGCUGGCCUAUCAUAAUGAAGCAAAUCACCAUUGUUUUCUGUGAGCAGUUUCUUGCUUCUGUCCUUGGGAAUGGGACAAAAAGGGGCCAAGUGGACCAGAAGUUAGGCAGGCUGUGAAUCAUUUAAUACAAAUUAAAAAUGAUGAUGAUGAUGAUGAUUUAGUCUGCAGUCAAGACAUGGAAUAUUACAUUGACAGUUUGGAGAGAAAUGUAAGGCAAAGGGCUCAUGCCUAGCAGCUUAAAACUAUAUUGGAGAGGGGGAUUAGUGUUGGGGAGCAUGUGUGCCAUGAGGUUUAAAAAUUCCCUUCACUGACAUAUGCAGGUUUGUUUCAGGCAGAAGGAGAUGAAAAUAUGAAUUUCCCCUUUCCCACUCUCUAGGCACCACUACCACCUAUAGAGCAAUAAAACUGUCAGUCAGCCAGAACAUGGCUUCUGCUCUAUGCUGGCCUCCAUAGUAUUCCUAUUUAAGGCUCCUGCUAAUGUGGUUCCCAGGGAGUGGGAUAUCCUUUUAACAUUUUGCUGCAGGGCCUACUUGUUUGUUUUACAGUUAACUAAGUCAGCCAUGCAGCUUGACAGUAAUCUGCUGCUCCGAGCAGGGGAGCAAUUGAUCCCAGAUGAGUAGAUAAAUGGCACGCUGCCCCCGCUGCAACUUGAUGAAGAAAACCUAGCACCUUGUGGCAGCCCCCCUCUCCUGUUGUGACAUGGCUAGGCUGGAGAGAGUACAUACUUAAAUCAGCAGUUUCCUCAAUUUUCUAUAGCAACAGAGGAGUAAGCUGCAUAAUGGAUGGCCACGUUCCAACUUUGCAAGCUUGGAAUAAAAUGUUUAUUAUUUAUUCUUUGGUUUAGCUUGUUAGCCACUCGGGAAAUGGAGGGAAUGUAGGUAUUGACUUUUAAGAUUCCCGUUUUCUUUCUUUAGCCGGAACCACCUCCAACGAACAAGUGGCAGCUGGACAACUGGCUGAACAAGGUGAAUCCGCAUAAAGUAUCACCAGCUUCUUCUGUGGACAGUAACAUCCCAUCAACACAAGGCUACAAAAAUGAGGGUAGAGAUCAGAGCACAGGGGGUGGAUAUGCAGAUCAGAGUGGAUCUAAAGAAUCAAUUUCUUCCACUCCUGGGAGAGAUUCAAAAACCAGCCAGAAAGGAUCAGAGAGCAAUCGGGGCAGACAAAAGUCACCUGCUCAGAGUGACAGCAUGACCCAAAGGAGGACUGUAGGUAAAAAACAGCCCAAAAAGACAGACAAACCAUCUGUGGAAGAGCCCAGAGGGGGGCUGAAAAUAGAAAGUGAAACUCCAGUGGACAUGACAACAAAUAUACCCUCUAACAGACACAAGGCAGCCACAAAAGGCUCUAGAAAGCCCAACAUAAAGAAGGAGCCCAAAUCUUCACCUCGGCCUACAACCGAGAAAAAGAAGUGCAAGGUUGCAAACAAGUCCUCCCAGAAAUCCAAGGAAUUCAUAGAAACAGAUACCUCAUCCUCUGAUUCUGAUGAGAAUGAGAGCUUGCCUCCUUCAUCACAAACCCCCAAAUAUUCUGAGAGCAAUAGGACUCCUGUUAAACCCUCCAUGGAGGAGGAUGACAGCUUUUUACGGCAACGAAUGUUCUCUCCUAUGGAAGAGAAGGAACUCCUUUCACCACUCAGUGAUCCUGAUGAAAGGUAUCCCCUUAUUGUGAAGAUUGACUUGAGCCUCUUAACCAGAAUACCAGGGAAGCCUUACAAAGACACAGACCCAUCAAAAGUUGAGAGGAAGAAUGUGUCCGAGAAGCAUCCAAGGGAGCCCCAGAAAACAUCCUCCGACAAAGGUUCCACCAAGGGCAAGCGGAAGCAUAAGUUAUGUCAGGUCAGUUUUCAGUAUGUCGUUUUAGUGUCAUCUAAAUGGAAGGUUAAGGGAGUAAGUCCAGCAAUAUCUGGCUUUCCCUGUUGUUUAACCAUAAUUAAAAGUUUGCCAGGAGCAUGCAUAUGGCUUCUGCUUUGUUCUUUUUAGUGGGAGCUACAAACCAUAGUCCUUGGCUUAGUGUUUCAUCUUGUGAAGCCAAGCUUUGUUCUUGAUUUACUAUGAUCUCCUUGUUUGGAUGUAAUACUGAGGAAAUGAUCCAAACCACUAAAUAUUGUAUUGAAAUGAUCCAAACCACUAAAUAUUGUAUGCAAACUGGGCCAUUGCAAUGUGAUUUUUGCAUUUCAGUUCACCUCAAAUUUCUGUGGUUGGUUAUAAAUGUUGCCAGUAGUACUUCAGUCAGUAAGUAGUCUGACUAAAAUGUAUGUUGGUAUUUGCUUGAUCUUUAAUGUGAAUGGAGCAAGAUUUCCAUUAGCUUCCAGUUUGGCACAUAAAUUAUUGGCUAAUCGGUUUAGAGGGUAGUGAAAUAUGGCAAACUACACCCCAUACAUAGUUUAUAGAUACAUGCUGAGAAGAUUUAAUUGUUACAUGUAGUCCUGCGGUGGUAAGAAAAUGAGCUUGUGUGAUCUUAUCCAUUUCUUGCAUUAUAGAGUUUUGCAACUUUAUGGCAUCAUGCCAGUAGAUGCCCUGUUUACAUGGAUAAAAGUGUCCGCCUGAAAGUUACGCAAGGGAGCCUUAAUCACACUUGUAGGCUCGGGUUGAAAAUUUCUUUGGUGAUUCUUCUUUUGUGAAUGUUUUGCAGACCCAAGAUAAGACUUUGGGAGUUUGUCACUGUGCAGUGGCUAUAGUAAAGCAGCUACACAACCAAUGAGUUGGUGGCGUCUUAGGAAAGUUAUACAUGUUUAAAACUAUGCUGAAUUUGGAACAAAUACAUGGCCAUCUGUUUGGAAUUAAUGGCAUGCAUUUCAACCAUUCCCUCUUGAUAGUUGAUCCACAGCUAAGCUAGCUAUUGUUCCGAGGACUCAAAGUGUCUUAAAAGUUGGGAAGGAAAAAACAGCACAGUAAGGAUUGAGAGGCUUGGGUGAAAUCCAGUGGCACCUGUCCAACAGCAGAGCAGGCACUGUUUGCGGAAGAAGUUCCAGAUUCUCCUUCCCUACAUCUUCUGCAUGCCUCCAUAAUCUUCUCCAGGGGGUUGGGGGAUCCUGUGGAGCAAAUUGGGAGGGACUUGGGGGAAGGCUGCAGGAGGAAUGGGAAAUCCCGGCAAAUAAGUGAAUGGCCACUGUGCAGUGAUGCCUAUGGUCAGUGUAAGAAACUCAGGUGUAUUAGCUAGGCACCAAAUGGUGUCUUAAACCUAGCUUGCUGUCACCGCAAUGGAAUGCCUAUUCACCAGGGGGUUGGACUAGAUGACUCUAGGGGUCCCUUUCAAUGCUACGAUUCUAUGAUCUCAACUGCAUUGCUUGACUGUAGCCUGUCCUUACAACAAUUCACUUCUCCCAGUAUGCAAGAAGGAGAAACACACACAGUAUAAAUGGAAAUGAUAUUAACUGUGAACUAAGGCAGAUGUUUUUAAACUGUGGUCGCCAACCUGAUGCCCAGGAAUAUCCUUGUAGGCGUAAUUGGACCCAUGCCAGUAGCAAAACACACCUGGGGAAUAUUGAACACUGGCUAUUGCCAGUUGUUUGUUCUUAUUGUCUACCAACAAUUUAAAUACACUUAGUUCUUUUGCCUUUAAUUUUAAAAGUGGGGCAGAAUGUUAACUGAAUGAGUGUGCAAAGUGUUCACUCUCCACUUCUCAUAUAUAUGAAUUCUAACAGUGAACUUUUCCCCAUUUUUCUUGUGUAAAAGGCUUCAUUAAAUCUAGUUAUUCUUGUUAUUGUGACUGUGUUGGUGGGGCACACUAAAUUUAAGCUGGAUCAGUUGUGUCACAGCUGUUGCCAAAAUCCUCUCAGCAACUAUAUUCACAAUCUUGCAUUAAAGCGUAAUUAGGAUUAAUAAGAUCUUUAUAGAGUGUUUAAGGCAUGUCUCAAAAAUUAUCAAAAUCAGGAAUUUACAAACUGACUGGCAUCAUUCCUUUCUGUUAAGUCAUUUGUGAAGCCCAGUCUAACGGAAUACUAUUAUACAUAUGUAUUUUUAAAAGCCAUGUUUUAUCACAAAAUGGCAUUAAUAGACACAUCAUAUGUCAGAGUAAUAAGCCAAGGUAUAAACUAAGGAGGCAGGAGAACAUUGCUGCAUUCCAUUUCAAACACUUUCUAACUUCCAACUGUUCCUCACUACAAAAGAUUCUUCGUAGUCUUCUAAGACUACAUGGGACUAAGCACCAUUGCAGGCCAGAAACAUCAAGAGAGAGAAAGAUGUUGAAAUCAUCAAGCUCAGCCCCAAAGGGAUCGCCGCUAUCUCCCAAUACUUUAUGAUGUGGCCAUCUUCCUAUAUCUCUACACCUUAAUAAUUUGUUGCAAACAACAGUAAUUCAGACAACAGUAAAUUUUAAAGUGGGAGAGGGGACUAGAACUAGUGUCACAUAACCAGCCUGCCAAGCCUUUUUUCACUGGCCCACCAGAUACCCUCCACUUUUUCACGGUGGGGGUGGUUACAAAACAGAACACACAUGCUGCAGUGUUCCCAGAAACUCUUCUUUCUCCUGUCUCCCUGCAUUCUGUCUUUGCCAGUGUUUCCAGAGCCCUCAACUCACACUGAACCAAUUCUUGGCUAGCAUUCCCCUUGCCUUCAGGAGUACUCAGCUUUCAUUGCCCAUGCUCGGAGGUGACUGGGAAUUACCAGAGGUUCCACCAAUCUCCCAACAAGUUUCAUGAACAGCAAACAGCAGAGAUCUUAAAAGUAAUUUAAAUCAAUUCAGAGCCAGUGGGGCAAGUUAGGUCAGAUAGCAAAUUAGCAGACACAUCCCUCUUACGGUGGCUGUGUUUGCAUGACCAAAUCCUGGGUUAAAUAAGUCAGGACAUGUAUGAGCUUGGUGCAUUGGCAGUUUCUCUCUUUUCUUGCCUCUUGACUUCUUUCUUCAGACAAGCAGUUAAUCAUAGUUUUCAAUUAUAUGUGAACUGAGAGCCAUGGUUAAUGGGAUUCAAAUAAACAGGAUUCAAAAGCCAACUUUAAACCAGCUCAUGCAUAUUCUGGCUUAUUUUCAAGUUUUGCAUGCCAAACUUGAAAUCUAUAUAUAUUACAUAUAUUAGAAGACUUGUAGUGCUGCAUCACAAUCCUUUAUUUGCAUGAAGUCAAAUAAUAACCCCCAUGGGACGAUUCGCAUGAAAUCACUAUCCUGGAUUUGCAUGAAAUCAGGAUAGAGGAAAGGAGCAAAAAAGAAAGUAGAAGAUGGACACACAGGAAAAUGGAAGCUUUAACAACAGCAGAGGUUUGAGUAAAGCAAAGAUGGAACCAAACUGAGGGGGGAAAGUGGUGAUUUUAAACAGUGGCAGAGAUUUGAGUAGAGUGAACAGGGAGUAACACUAAGAUGGGAAAGUGGCAGUUUGAAACGUUUUGAGUACAGUGAAAAUGAAACUGGGAAAGGUUCUGUUGCAUUAACUUUUUGGUGUUUUCUUCUCUAUUUUUCUUAUCUGCUAUUUCUCCAUGUUAAAACUAUUAGGGGUUGGGGUUUUUUUAAACACCUCAGUGUGCCCUUCUUCCUGAUUUACUUAAACCUCUGAUGUUGUUUAAAACUUCAUUUCAGUGUCCCUCUAUUCCUGCUUUACUUUAAAUUUCUGCCGUUGUUUGAGUACAGCGAGAAGAGAGAAGCAAUGGGGGGGGGGAGGAAUGGCUGCUUUAACCUUCUUUCUCUUUCAUUCCUUGGCUGCCUCAUGUGACAUAGAUCCCUCAAGUAUUCCACAGUACCUUCCCACAAAGCAUUUCACUCUUGGUACCACAUGUUGCCUUAUUGAAGUUCCAUAUUCAAUAUAGUAAUUUAGAAGAUACACCAAUAUUUGGACAACAUCCUUCAACUGAAUUUAACUUUCCCUCACUAAACAAGCUGACAGCCUAGUUCCUUACGAUUCUGUUAAUCUAAAAGAUGCAGUAGCAUGUAUCAUUAUGGGAUGUGUGCUCCAAGGGAGCUGCAGAAUAGGAGAGAGAAGAAGGCAUGGAAAUUGAGUGAUCUGUGUUCAAGAGGGAGCUGAAAAAGUGGGAAGAGUAAAGGGAAAAAAGGAGUGAAUGUGAAAAUGGGGUGGCAAAAAGGAGGUAAUAGGAAGCAUAGGCAUGGGGUUAAAGGUGAAAGCAAGGAAAUGAAAGGUUCUGCAAAAUACAAGGGGAAGGGGAAGCUCUAGGCUCUUAAUGGGAAUGGCAGGGGCUUGGUCAGCGGAGUGAGCAGGGGCACAGUACCUAGUACAUUUAUAUUAUUUCAUUUAUAUUUUUACCAUAUUAAUGAACACCCUUAAAAAGUAGUUUAAUGUUUCAUUUUUUUCUGCUAUGAAAUGUUUAACACGUGCAUUUACAAGGAGCAGUUUACAAAUAGUAAAUGUGUAUUUUGCUAAAUAUUAAAGUAAGCCUUUAAAUUGCACAUUUCUUAGCAUAGUAAAUAGGAAUAAAUUUUCGCUGGUGAGAUCCAGUAUAGAGACUCUUGUGUCAGCAUGACAAGACCAGUUGCUGUUUUGACAGUCUAUAGUGGGAGUAAACUGAGCUGUCACAUUUUUGCAUGCAUGAAGCUAUUAAAGCCACACUUAGAUCUCCUUGUAUUGCAGGAGUAUGACAUCUACAAUACUUCAGCCUUAUGUUCAUUUUGUCAGUAAGGUUUAUUGACAUUAUCUUGUACUGUUCCUGCAGGGAAUGUUUUUAUUACUCGCUGUAUUAUUAUCUUAAUCCUGUAAGUGGCUUGUUAAAUCAUUGUGGUGGUCUGUGAAACAUAGCUGCACUUAUUUAAUGUGAGAUCAUCAAACUUUGUGGUUGUUUCAUUUUAGAAUGCAGAGGAAAGCCGAGGCGUUGAAAGCAAGAAAACUAAACUAGAAGAAAAGGCUCCUUCAGUGCACAAAACGUCCAGUAACAGAGAGUGAGUGCUUGUCUACACUACGUAAGAUCCGAAAUGCAUGAAGCAGAAGGUUUGCUCAGAGCACACAGUUUUAAAAGUGGUCCAUUUGCACACAAAGUUCCAGCUUUUGUUUGAUCAGUUACCACUGCAGAAUUGUCAGAUUGCUUUCUUUAAAAGAAAUCUCAAUUUUGGGUUGGCACAGCACUUGUUCAAAGGUAAAAUUAGGGGAGAAAUGUAUACCUGCUUUUAGCAAGUAUUUCUUAUAAAAAAGCUGCCAUGUCAAAUGCCCCACCACAUGUUUAACAUUUGGUAGUUUAAAUUGUAGUUUGUCCAUUCUGAAGAGACAGCUUAAAAGAGCUCGAUUUAUUUUUUUUUGUAAGUGGGCACCUUUCUGGAUCAUAGCUCAUAAUCUCUACCUUUUUAGAUAAGGGGUCACUAUCCUUUUUCAAACAGUGGGCAUAUUUGAAUUUUGAGAAUGCUUUGGGCACCUGUCCCAAAAUGGCCGUGGGCCACUGGGUGACCACCGUUGCUGUAACGCGGGGGGGGGGGGGGACCUGUAGCCCUCCAAAUGUCGCUGCACUACAAUCCCCAUCUCUAACCAUUUGCAUCAAACAACAUCUGGGGACAGGGGUGUCACAAGCUCCUAUUCCUGAUUUAGAGGAUGGUUUUUCUGUUUAAUGUUGUACUUUUAGAGCUGCCAUAUUUUCUUCAUUCUUACAUGGGAUUGCUAGUGGUACUUGAACCAUGGAAUAGGUUUGCAUAGGUGGCAGUAACUUGCACUGGUUAAUUUUUUUUCCCCUUCCCUGUGGGGCAGAUCAUCAAAGCAGAGUGCUGUUAAGGAGAAGGAUCUUCUUCCGUCUCCAGCCACAACCCCAGCCACCCAGAAAGAUUCCAAGCAAGAGCAUGGGUCUCGGAAGAGAACCGUCAGUCAGUCGUCUUCCUUGAAAUCGAGCAGUAACAAUAACAAGGAGAGUAGCAGCAGCAAAGGUAGCUCUUCUAAACAAAAGAAGACUGAAGGGAAGGCCUCAAGUAAUACCAAGGAAGCAAAGGUAAAAAGAUUAUACUUCCAUCAUAGUUUUCCAUUGUCCAUAACCUUUCGUUUGCACUUUUUGUAAAACCAAGCAAAUAAGCCCUCUUCAGAAGAAACCCUUACAUGUUGAACAAAAAAUGGGAGCAGGGCUGCAUUGACUGACCUGACAUACGCAUGCUAGCUUGGCCUGCCCUCUUGUCCAUGCCUACAUCACAAACGCUUGCAAGGAGGUAACCUUCCUGUGUACUCUUGUACCAGCAAAGGCAUCCAUGUAAUCUGGAACCAGUAGAAUUUCAGGUUGCAUGGAUGCCUUUGUUAGUACAGCUGUAAGCACAAAGGGUUCCUCUUUGCAGACAUUCAUGCUAUAUGCUUUUAGACGUCAGAGGGAGGGGCUUGUUUUCCACUCAGACAUUGUAGGAGUAUUUGACUGUUUUGUCUGGCUAAAGCUAGAAUUUCACAGCUUUUGAGUUCUCUAAUUGAGACACGACAACUUGGGGUUUAUAAGAUACCUGUUAGAGCAGGGUGGUCCAAAGCGUGGCCCAGGGGGUGUAUAGGACCCGCAAUGCCUUUUGGUGUUCCCCAGGCAACAUUUGAUGUCCCCUGCAAAGGAGAAGGUGUGAGGGCUCUGACCGGGUCCUUAGAGUCUUCUCAUCUCCUUUCCAAAUCCUAGUUAGUGUUUUCUCAGCUUUGGGAAGGAGGUAUGAGGACUCUGACCCUGUCAGAAAGUAAAGUGCAGCGCCCUUUUACUGGGAUUUGGGAAGGCUGCACAAGGGCUGGUUGGGCCGGGGGAUCAGAUUUUGGCCAUGCAUCCCCCCACCCCACCCCACGUGACAAGGCAGUAUGCAGCCUGUGGAUUGUAUGCUGAAGUAAACUUGAUAUGAAAAGUUGUACCACCCUGUGUUAGAGGAACCUUCGUGGACAUGAGCACACCUUUAAGUAGACAACGAAGGUGAUAUUUUGCCUGCCGGUAAUUCCUAGACUGCAAAUGUUACUCUGAAUUAGAGAUUUUCUGUUCAUCAGUGGUCAGUGUUUCAUUAAUAGGAACAUAGAUAAACUAGUAAGUGAAAGUAAAUUUGCUUAUGCCUCAGGCAAAACUGGAGCGUUGUAGAAACUAGGACAAUGGGAGGACCUUAGAAAGUAAACAAGUGGCUAAAUACUUCACCAAGGAAUGUAGCUGCAAAAGUCUUGAUUUUUUGAGCCAAGUAGAGUUGGACUAAACAGUGCCUUCACGGGGGAAAUUCCAAAGAGCUUGUGUAUGUGGCAGGAGUUGGUUUUUAAUAGAUUUUUUGGCACCCUUCUUUUAAGCCUACACUGAGUCAUGUCUGGACCAAUUUAAAAUUAGGGUAAUUAGUAUCCCUCAUGGUUCUGCUGGGUUUUAAUAAUUCUCCUGCUAGGGUAGUAUUGAUGUGUUCUAUUAAUGCAUUAGCCUAGUUGGCCGAGUUUCAUUAUUGAAGCAGAAUUUGGUUUAUCUGUUUUGUAAACAGAUUUAACACAGAGAUGAUGAUUGAAAGAAAAACUAAAGUUGAAUAGAAAGAAGACUAUAGACUCCCUUCAGAUGUUAAAAGGGCAGUGUGACGCUUCUUGCUCCUCAUGUCCUCUGUGAACCCGGUUCCAGGUGAACCCUUAGGAGUCUCAAGUUAGAGGGUUUUCUUUUUUCCGUCAUCAUGCUUCUGUGUUUCCUUGGUUUAUCAGCUGCCAUUGGCGUAAUUAACACUAGAGAUCCUUUGUAACCCCCUGCCUUGGUUUUUCCCCUCUCAUGGAGGAAGUACAAGCCAGUUAAACUUGUGUUAUAUGAAGCGCCUUCUCUUCCUUUUACACCUUCUAACUCUCAUUUUCCUCGUGACUUCACACAGACUCACAGGUUCAAGUGCACACACAAGGUUUCUCUCUCUCAGUUUCAUUCCUUGUAACCUUUCGAUUUGCGUGCUUUCACACCCCAACUCCAUACCUUUCUCUGCCUCUAGCUGUUUUCCUCUACAUUCCUCACUUACAAGCUCUCUCCCUGCUGCUUCUCCCAGCAGCCAAUCAGCCCAUUCCCCCCUCCUUUUCCCUCUCUCUGUGCCUACAAGCACACACAGUUGUUUGUUCUGCUGGGUUUCCUUCUUUUUGCUUCCACUUCCCUCCAGAGUCUCUCGCUGUUGGUGAGCUUUAGGACCCACCCCGCUGGCUGCUUGUGGCUCUUUAAUCCUGACAGGGUGGGACAGGUCAGCGCCCUCAAAGCCCUUGACACCCCCCAGCCUCCCAGCGGGGCCCCUCCCUUCCCGGGCAGAUUGACAGCUAGAAAGACUGCUUCUCUGCUGUCGCCUCUACUCACAAGCACAAAAGUACGGGAGGAACAGAGAGGUGCUAAAAGCCCUAGGAGCAGGGUUGGCACAUUGCACCUCUGCCUUACUGUGAUGUAUUUUAAGUUCAAGUUCAAUAGGGGAAACAGCUGUUGGAGGGUUGGAAGAAGGAGUGAGACGUAACCGUGAUUACGGAGAACUGUUGGGGAUGUGGGAACAGUGAUAAGAAUGGUGGGCAUCUGAAAAGUUUGCUGUAGUUAUUAGAUUUCAGAACUUUGGCCACCCUGGAGCUUGUAGCUUUCUUUGGAAAAAAGUAUUGCACUUCGUCUGGAAAGUAAAAUAUCUUUGGUUGUAUGCUGCACUGUUACAUAAUGGCAAUAUUCAGCCGUUGCUCAGGCAUCUGACUGUAAUUUGAUCCUUCCUGCAUAGUUCUACUGCAGCAUAGGUUGCAACAGCACUGAGAACGAGACCUAACAAAGCUGUAUAGCUGUGAGCAUUAGAAAAUGCCUAAUAAGUUGUAUUAAUUAAUUAUAUGCAAACAAUAACAAUUGGAUUCCUAAUUGAAAAGUGCCCGUGUUGUGUUUUGAAUCUGUUGGAGUCCAUAUGGCAACAUCUGUGUCGGUCAAGCUGUAUAUGUGGUAAACAUGAAUGACGGUACACAUCUGGAUUGCAUUUAGCCAGCCUGAGCUCAGCAAGUGAAGCACAAGCAGUGAAUAUUUGUUCGCCAAAAAUCAGUGUUUUAACUAAUUGUGGUCUGUCUUCUUUCAAGGAGAAGCUUUUAAAUAAUUCUUCAAACUGCCCUUCUGCCUCCACCAUGACUACAGAUAACUCGAAGUCCCGGAGAGCAAAGCUAGUGUUUGAUGACAGGUGAGAACAGAUAGAAGUCAGGCAGUUGGUCUCUGUGUUACCAAGAAUGUGUGAUGAAUAUUUAUACUGACAUCUGUGUGUCGUCCAUUUUAGGCUUUUUGCUCUGUCUUUCUGACAUGAUAGUUUGGGUACCUUUCCACUCAUCUGUUGCAAGGAGUUACAGCUGCCAGGAGUGAAAUGCAGCGUGAUGCCGUCUAUUUCUGCAAACCUGCAGAUCUUCUCUGAGCUGAAUUAGUUCCCCUCUCCUCCCAAAAAGACACUGUUCUCCUGAGAAGGAGCACAGCAUAUGCUUUGCAUGAGAAGGGUCCCAGGUUCAAUCCCAGACAUUUCCUUCAGGGAGGGCUGAGAAAGAUUCUUGCCUGAAACCCUGGAGAGCUUCUGCCAGUCAUUAUAGAUCAGGGGCUGGGACCAUCUUGGCCUGUCAGAAGAUCCACUUUGGCCCACAAGGCCAUUUCCCUUAAACCAUGCCCACCGGUCCACACAUGUUUUGUUGUGGAAUUGAAGGCCAGUACUACGUAUCUGCUGUGCAAAAACACAGACCCAAACCAGUACCAAACCAAACGUCAUUCCUUUGCUCCAGUACAGUGAGAACACGUUGUAAGCCAAAGUGCCACUGUGUGGAUGCAAUGUAUUGUGCCAGUGCAGGAGGGGUGUGUUGUGAGCAUUGUCAGGCCAGGAAAUUAGGGCUCCUAGAUAACCCUCCAUAAGUGGGAGAGGCACCAAAGGGUAAGACUGCUCUGAUAUUAUCAGUCUCACAGGUUUUCAUUUUAUGUUGCAGGACUUACUCAGCAGAUCACUACUUGCAAGAAGCAAAGAAAUUAAAGCACAAUGCUGAUGCAUUGGUAAGGAAAAUGCUAAACUUUUGUUUACUUAGAGGCAUUGCUUAUUGUCCUGGGUUGGCAUGAUUCCCCCCCCCCCCGCCACCACCCUCGACUAUUUUGCCUGACACUGUAGUAGUAAUCUUCACUUUUAUGAGUUGAUUGUCAAAAGGCUUUAUAUUUCUUUAGUCUGACAGGUUUGAGAAAGCUGUGUACUACCUUGAUGCCGUUGUGUCGUUCAUUGAAUGUGGGAAUGCAUUAGAGAAAAAUGCUCAGGAAUCAAAGUCCCCGUUCCCUAUGUAUUCUGAAACUGUGGAGCUGAUCAAGUAAGUGAUACAGAACAUGCAACAAGCAUUGUCAUAAAAAUGGGGAUUAGGAGCUCUGGUGCGAGUGCCUUAGUAAAACCUUGAACAAAAAUAUUCCACUCUCGGUAUUUUUCAGCUUGGGGUUAACUGCAGAUUUUUUGGCACAAAGGAUAAAGCACAAACCUCACAUUUUUUCAUUAAAGAAUUGUGAAUAAGAACUGAAUGCUUUGAUGUGACAGUUGCUUAUAUCAUUUUUUGGUUGCAGGUACACUAUGAAACUGAAGAAUUACUCAGCACCAGAUGCUACUGCAGCAGACAAAAGGCUAGCAGUGCUGUGGUAUGUACAGUUUGAGCAAUUACAGUUAAAUAGCUUUGAAGGCAGACUAUACCUGUAUAAUGUACAUUUUGUGAUAAGGAAAAAACCAAAGCUUACUAUCUAGCCUAGUACUGUUAUUUCUUGACUGGCAACAGCUCUUCAAGAUGUCAAGGAGAAGUCCACGCUUCUACCUGGGAUUUAGUAUCACUUUAAUCUUCUUUGAAUUCAACUGUUCUAGUACUCCUGGUUAUGUUACAGCCAUCACAUAGCUGUUAUUAUUUGUACUGCCUUUGGCAAUAUUCCAAAGUAAUAAUUAGCUUACUGUAGUCACCUCAUUAUUAUGUACUAUAAAAUAAUACAUUUAGUAUUUUACACACACCCCCAGACCGAUUUUUGGUUAGUCAUGUCAUGUUUUAUUAUUUAUUCGCACAAUUUCAUAACAAGAAAAUUAUAUAUAUAAUAAUUAAAGUGAUGGUGUUAUUUCUUUUUCUAGUCUUAGAUGCCAGUCCCUGUUAUACUUAAGACUUUUCAAACUGAAGAAGGAGAGUGCCCUGAAGUAUUCCAAGACAUUGACUGAACAUCUAAAGGUAAAAAACAUGUUCAUUGUAGCUUUGGAAAGAAAUUGCCUAACCCAAAGGGUUAUUCAUUGUGAUCAUCAUGCUUCUCUAUGCAGGAAUGGGGUUUUUUUUGGAGGGUGGGGAAAGCGCUGUAGUUAAACUUGAUGAAUUGUGUAAGAAAGACAUUUUGUAUUAGGUGACUAACAAAUUGAAUGAAGAAUAAUAACUCCCAUUAUCCCUGACAUCUGGCAUCAACAUACUUGGUGACUGCUGUAUUUUCCAGAUUUUAUUGUACAAUUUAUUGAAUGGGUUGUUUUUCCUCAACAGAAUUCCUAUAACAAUUCUCAAGCGCCAUCACCUGGUAUGGGAAGGUAAGUGUUUCUUUUAUACACAAUACUAGGUUGUAUCCAAUGAUGCCAUUCAGAAAGGCUUCCGUCAGCAGAACAGGGAGGAAAGCAUUUUUCAGCAAUUACUCCUCCAUUCUGUGCUCCAUAGUCGUCUCUGGAAAGCCACACAAGCUUCUGGAGCAGAUUUGGGGUUUGGUGCAGCAGCAGGAGGAAACACUGAAAAUUACUAUCCUCCCAGUCAGUUGAACAGCACUGUUGGAUACAACCAAAAUGAGAAAUCUAGCUGUUGAUACUUGGAUCAUCAUCAGAUAAGUGGUGGUUUCUGUGUUCUCUCAUAUUCCUUCAUUUUCUCUAAGGGUCUGUGCACUGUUGCAUUCUGAGGCUUUAAUGUGAUAGACUUUUUUCCUUCUAGAAAAACAUGCAGAUUUUCAUGAUUUAUUUCCAUUUCUCAAAGGACUGUAUUCAGUCUCCCACAAAUUGAGAGGGAAACACACUAAUAAUUAACUGACAAGAUUAUAACAACAUUAAUAUUACUCGUAGCACUUACUGGAAGUGCUACAUGGUUUAAAUAAAAGUUUGCACACUUGGGUCUAGUAGCAAUAAUAUAUUGGCAAUAUUUUUUGUAUGUAGUGUUACAUAAACCUCCAGGAAGAGUUAGCCCCCUUUGCAUCAGGGUGUAUGAAUGCAAAAGGAUGCUAUAUGGGUGGUUAAUCCCAUAUCUAGCAUCCUGGACUGUGCACAAUGUGAUAUGUGCUGAAUUAGAUCUAUAAGUAAUGGGUGACGUCAAUUUUAAUAGUUCUAAUUGUCCCUAUAGAGUGAAUGUCAGAAUAUAGUUUUAAUAUUACAUAACUUUGUCAGUAUCACAUAUCUUCUCUUUUGGCUUAAUGUUGAUGGUGGCAAACAAAUGUGUGUGAUCUUUUUAAUUAUUAGCAAACCAGUCAGCAUGCCGUCUCCAGUCUCUCCGAAGUUGUCUCCGGGAAAUUCAGGAAAUUACUCUUCAGGGUCAACCAACCCUUCAGGGAGCACAUCUUCAGUUACUAUUCCACAACGGAUACACCAGAUGGCAGCCAGCUAUGUCCAGGUUACAUCCAAUUUUCUGUAUGCCACUGAAAUUUGGGACCAAGCUGAUCAGCUUGCUAGAGAGCAAAAGGGUAAGACUUGGCUGCAUUAAUCUACCAUCAGGUCUAGUCACAUAGACCAUGACAUUUAAAUUUUUAAAAAAAUCAGUACUUACAUUAUUGCUGGUACUGGUUCACUUAAGACUGUAAAAUGUCUGUACUUUCGUUGGUAGAUUCCAUGACCUCAAGAGACCUGUGCCUCUCCCCAGCCCUUGCCCAUACACUUUAAAACGGGGGGAAAGGAGGAGGAAAAUUAAAUAACUGAAACCAGUAACACUGAGCCCCUAAGAAGCCAUCCUCAGGCAUUUUCUGGAGCACUUGAGCUGCAAAAUGGGGGCUGGUGCCAGAGUCAAGCUUCAUCCCCAAGCGUGCAAGCUGCUCUUCAGACGCACAAAGAUCAGAAGUGGGUUUUAAGCUCAUUCAGUAGAACACACUUGGAAACCCUCCCACAAGCAGGAACCCAGUCAGAUCACAGGGAGCGUUUCCAAGCUCAUUCAGCUGAAACCCUCUUCAGACCCUCACUUGUCUGGAGGACCAGCCUGUAAGGCCAGUGGAUGUUAGGAGACAGCUCCAUCCCCCAUUGUUACAGCUCAUUGUUCAGCUGUCUGCAGUGGCUCCCCAUUCGUAGAAUGCUCUCCCCGGGGAGUUUCAUCAGCGCCUUCAUUAUAUAUAUAUUAGACACCAGGUGAAAACGUUCCACUUCAACCAGGCCUUUGGCUGAUUAAUAUUCUAUGGCCUUUUAAAUAUGUUUGUGGGAGGGGGGUUUAUUGUUUUGUAUUCUAACCUUUUAUUUGUGCUUUUAUCCUGUAUUUUUAUCUUGUGAACUGUCCUGAGAUCUUCAAUUGAAAGGGUGUGUGUGUGUGCGCGCGCGCGAGCGAGCGCGUGCACACACCCACCCACCAAUUUUCCCCCUAUAUAGGUAUGUGAAAUGUUCUGAGGCUUAGAGAAAAUUGACCAAUAUUAGAACGUAUUGUUUGAAUGUUACAUGAAACUUUGAGCACUUUGUUCUAUCUAAAGUACUCUAAGAUCCCACUCUGUGAACACUUAUUAUACAAACCUUCAGUUAUCUGUACUUGAAAGAUUUCUACCCUACUAUCACUAAAUAAACAUCUGAUUCAGAUGCCCCAACAUACAAAUCAGUUAGCAGUUGCUCAGAGCCCGGAGAGGUUCUCUGACUGAGCUUGAUCCCUGCAAGAGUAGUUAAGAGAUUCAGAGAAUCAAAGUUCCCAUUCCUUGCUUUUUUAUUUUGUUUAGCAUUGCAGUCAGAAAAAAUACAAUUUUAAUGUGAAUUUUCCAUCUUUUUAAUCUUGGGUAAUAUGUUGCGUAAAGGUGUAUUUCAGUCUGGUUGCUUCUUCUUUUCUGCAGAAUUCUUUGCUGAACUGGAUAAAGUGAUGGGCCCUCUGAUCUUUAAUGCAAGUGUCAUGACAGACCUAGUACGUUACACAAGACAGGGACUGCAUUGGUUGCGUUUGGAUGCCAAGUGAUAACUGGACUGAAAAAAUCUAAAGCAUAGAAGAUACUUUUCUUGCUGCCUCUGAUUUUUUUUCAACACUGUGUCAUAAAAAAAUAAGGAAGACUGCCAUAAUGCAUUGCUUAGUGGACACUGAGAUUAAGGAAUGCUUUCAUGUGUCUCCCAGCAUCAUGUGUUUGAGAACCUCCCAACCAUCAUGUUAAUGAACUUUUUCAGUUGUUCCAUUUUUAAGGUAUUUAAAAAAUAGUUUAAACUCUGCAACGUUUUAAUGUAAGAUGGAUUCAUUGAGCUGCAAUUGGAUUGGAAUUCUAGUAAUUAUGCCUAACAAAUCUGUUUUAAAACAUAUUUAUUUUAAUUUGUUUUUGAAAGCUCUAUUUUUGGGCUUUUUUAAGAUUUAGCAAUUUUUCCUAUAAAUUUUACCUGAUCAAGUACUUAGUGAAGAUAAAAUGUAGACACUUUAUUUAAGUAUUUUGUGAGCUUUGUUAUUCUGUAAUGUCUUGUGGUGGUAGAGCUUGUAAGAGAAAGUCAGGGUUGAUAGAUUCUAAAGUGUAGGGACAUAUUUUCAUGAAUAUCUCAGUUAAACCCCUAAAUGACAGCCACAGGUUUAUUAUUGUACUAAGUUCCAAUGAUGUUGUUCUAUACAUUAAGCCAUUUUAUUUAAGUGAGAUGUAAAAAAAAAUUAUCUCUAUGGACACUUAGCUUCAAAACACAUGUCUUAACACUAAUAAUAUGAAAACCUUCCAGGAAGUUGCAUUUAAUGCAAUAUCAAAGUGAUGUGGGUCUCACAAUUGAGCUUCAGUCUGCAGGUGUAGACCAGAAAUGGUUUCAAAUGGACAAUCUUGUGCUUUGGUGCAGCCUCUGUUUCCUUGCUUGUCUUUAUUAGACACUGAAGCCACUAACUCACUCCUACAUGGAAGUGAUGCUUGUCCAUUUCCAGUGGUAAAUCAGAAAAUGUGAGCAGUAACUAAACACCCUUGGGUUUCUCAUGGUUAGGUGUACGCAGUGGGCAAGAUGGGGUUGAGAGUAGACCUAUGAUUACAGGGACAUUUUAAACUAUUAACGUCCAGUUGAUUUAAAAUCUUGCUUUUACCCCAUUUUAUGACACCUUCCUUAAUGUUAAGUGUUUGUGAUGGGAACAGAAUCUUUAAUUUUCAAGGAAAUAACUGUGAUCAGCAAAAAUCAUGCGUGGAAUUCUAAGUGACUGCUUUAAGGUUACUAACCAGAGCACCUUUCCAUAGGAGGUGCCUGCCUGACGAAAAGAAUACUGCUUAGCAUCCCUAACAUGUCUGGUGUGCCUUAUGCCUUUUUAGACGAAGAUUUUGAAUACUGUUUACAAGAGGUUUUACACUUAGGACCUGGUAUACUGUAUCCAGUUGGUCUCCUGCAGUACUUUGGUAAAAUUCCACUUCCUUUUCCUGAUAACUAGUGGCUGUCAUUUGUUGAGAAUACACACAUUGGUUGUUCGUUAGAGUCAAACUCUGAACCCCUCUCAGUGUGGGGUUGUGGAAUGCUGCUUUACCUGCCCUUGUCCCUGAACCCUACCCCAGAUGUAAAUGUGCAUGUUCAAGAAAAUGAUUGCACUAAAUUUAUGUCUAGCUGUAUAGCUAUGUGCCAAAAUGAUGGCGAACGUUGAAAGAAGGAAUAGAAUUCUACAUUGAUUAGUACUGCAGUGUGUCCUUGGGACGUUGAGAAACUUCAUAAAUUAUAGUCACUAAACUAUAGCUUGCAUAGUCAACGGAGCCUUGUGUUCGGAUGUUUUGUACUUCAAGGAAUGCACAGGUUCUCUUACCUUGAUACUUUGAAUUGUUUCCGAUGAAAUCAACUAUCCCUUGGUUCUGUAUUCACAAUCAUUAAUGCUGUUUACUGUUGCACUCUUAUCCACAAGAAUGCAUUGUAAGAGUGGAGGGGAAAAUACGAAGUCCUACCCAUGCAUACAAAAGAUGAUAAAUCAAACAAUAUUUGAGAAAAUGAUGCAGCCUAGGAUGAUUUACUGUGGGCAAACUGAAUCUCAGUUAAGCAGUAAUGGGUGAUGAUGUAUUAAAUGGCUACAUAUUCUUUUGGUGUCGCUGUUUGGCCAGUGCAAAUACAACUGCUGUCAUAUGGAACCUUCUUUAAACAGCUUCCUUGGCAAGCAGUUUAUUGUGUAUGUGCCCGGCACACAGACUAAGAGAGUUUCAGAUUAUUUUUUUAAAAAGAAAUGGUUUCUGUGGUCCAUUUCAUGUGAGCUGCUUGUGUAGAGGUACCAGUCUUGCGAAGCAGUUUUAAAGCAGGCACGUUUUCAUGUGCUUUGGUCCCAAGAGGUACAGCACAGAUGCUAACUCAGAUCCAAUGGGUAGGUUUUUCCUUAACAUUCAGAAGUGCCUGGCACACUUAUCAUACCGAAGCCUCUACACUGUUAGCAGGAGUUGGAUUACAAGCUCACUUGCUGUGUAGUGCUGCAGUGAUCAGCAGGGUGAUUUGGCUUGGUUUUGUACCCAGUUACCAUAACUGCCAGUGGGAAAAUCUCUCUCGUUUUUUUAAAAAAACAUUGUUUUCAGAAGUAGAAUACUCUAUAUCAGAUUGGAUUUUUUUAAAAGAAGCUUCUUCAGAUGAAUCCUAGACAUUUGUAUGUUUAAUAAUUUAGCAAGGCCUCUGUAGUUUUAAAUGUAUACCUAAGCUAGCAAGCAUUAUCUUUUGUAAUAUAUGCCUCCCAGAGGUAUUAUUUGUAUUUCCUAAAUAUGCGCAGUUAUUUUCCUUCAUGAAUGCAAACUGUUUAGCAGUUUCCAACCAGUUAAAUUAGGAGUAGACAAAAUUUCAAAAGGCCAUCGAACUUGGAAUUCCUUUGUCUCUGAAGUGCAUGAGUAAUUUGCCAAAGUUAAUUGUUAAAUGCAAACACAUCAUGAGCUUUUCCUUCUCUUCUCAAAGAGCAAAAGCAAGCAUAACAUCUGCCCUUAAGAUGCAUUAUGUGUAUAUUUUGAGCACUGGCAUUGUGCUGUUGUCUUUGUGUGGAAACUCUGGAAUAAGGGGUUCUAUGGUUGUGUAUUUACACAUAUCAAUGUUGCUGUGUAUCCCAGUGAUGAGCCUUUUAGAACUGCUUAAUAGUCGGACUAGGCUUGCUCAGGUGUUCAAGUAAUUCUGAAUUUUCUCUCAAAAGUUGCAGGGUCAUAGGAGAGCAAUUCAUGAACGGUGGCACGAGAUCCACCAGUGGAAUUCUUUAGGUGUUUCACCAGCCUGCUGGCAGUGAGUGGGUGAGACACUGUAGCAUUAGAAGCUACAAACGUUUCACUUCAUCAGUCGAUUCUGACUAGCACGUCCCCAAACUAUAGAUCAAUUCUGAUGGCAGAUCCCCUUAAUAAAAUGCCUAGGAAACACUGACCUUGUUGACACUUAGCUACUUCAUUUUGUAUCUUAAAUGAACAUUCAGGGUACCAGACUAAGAUGACCCAGCGUGUUCAGUUCAAUAUGAUUUAAAUCUCUUGGCUGUAAAGCAGAGCAAGUGGCUCUUGACCUUUGACAGCAGUAUGCAAUUUGUAAUAUACAUGUUUCUAAUACAUAUAUCUACAUACAUAUAUAAAUGAAUGAACUCAAGUCUGUCCAAAGUUUGUUAUACUUGUGUUAGGUUAUAGUACAGCUGACUAUAUCAAUAUAUUUAUUGAGUGCUGAGCCAUCCUCAUUUUGGUGAUGGUGAUAAACUUUGCAUAUUAUGCUGGAGUGCUAUCAGUUUCUUUUAGAUUAUUGAAGCUUGAUUGCUGUGAUUUUAUACACGAGAAACCCUGUAGUGUGUGUUAUGAGCAGCCACAGCAGGUAGGGAGUCUGGAUAUAAUGGAGGGAUUGCCAAAGGCAAGUAAGACAUAGCUGUAGGCAGAUAACCAUGAAGCUUGCCAAAUCUGGCAAAUAUCGGGAAAGACUACUUUUGCUAUAUAUAGUAACAUUUCCCUGCACUGUAAACUUUGCAGUAUUUUUUAUUAAGGGGGUUUCGAUGGACCUGAGCAAAUCAAGUCUGAAUACAUUUUACCCAUACAAGAAGUAAGCAACAACCAGACCACAUGGCAGAGUCCAGAAUGGCAAAUAUUUCAUAAAUAUUUGCGUCAAGGACAGAAUGACGUUAAAUUGAGUGGAAAUCAGUAUUGUGGGAAGUUUGGGUUUUUGGUAGCUAAGUUAAUGUUGGAGAUCUUUCAACAGAGUGUAGCCAAAGCUUUUACUAGUGUGCUCUAUUCAGCGACUUUCCUCCAAGACCUAGAAAAUGCAGGUUAACUGUACAGAGUAUGAGAAAUCAAUUUCAUUAUUUUGGGUGGGUACUGGGGUGCUUAUGGCAUUUUAAAAAUAGCAGUUAUGGGAAAUGGGUUGAUUGUAACAUUCUCACUGGAGUCGAGACUUUUGUAGAAACCCGAGUGUUUUUACAAAAUGGCUUCUCCCGAUUCAUCGAGGCUUUAAGCAAACUCAGCCGAAGACAUUUUGUUGCUUCCCGCUCAGAUUAAUUGUCAAAGUGGAUCUAAUUUUGGCUUGUCUUCCCAAUUCCAUGUGUAGAAAUAUUGACCACACAUUUGUUUCUGGUAAUGUAACUGAACAGAACUGGUGCUGGCAAAUUGGGCUCAGACGUUUUCCUUCUCCUAGUUCAUAGAUCACAUCAGUAUUGGCAGCCAACAUUCCAAGAUGGUUGCACUAAAAUAACAUAGAACUUGGCUUCAUGAGCCAGGCCAAAAGCCUCUGCAAGCACAGUUGCUGGCAUAUGUAUCUGGUUCCAUUUUUAAAUGGUUUUAAGAAGUUUUGUAUAUGGAGGAUAAAGUGCUUAUAUAUUUAUUAAAGAUCCUUUAUCAUAUUUGAAAUUACUUGGUAAAGGUGGCUUUUCUUUUCCUUUUGGGGGCAAAUGUGUUGGGAGGGGGAAGUUGUUUUUAACCUUUGGCUUAUCAAUUAAAAAAUAUAAAAAAAUCCCUUCUUGAGCAUGCAGCUUGGUACUGAACAUGAUUGGCAGGAUGGCUCUCUGUUGUAUGCUUUGUACAUGACAUGUCCAUGUCUUAUACAUUUUGUUACUUAUCAAUGUAUUAGUCAUCUGUUUUCAACCAAAACUAAACUUUUAAAACAAAACUGUGAUCCCCCCCUUUACUUUGCAAUAUAUUUGAAAUUUCAAAAGGGUACUUUGGGGCUCCAAAUUAGGAUUUCUAAGUCAGUAUGUGCAUUUCACGUAUGUUAAUGGUGAGCAAAGUAUUAUAUACUAACUAGAUUUCCCCCCCACAUCUGUAUAGUAUAUCUAUGUAUUUUGUGGUAUUGAGAUUAUAGAAAGUUUAGUGUCUGAAAUAUGCGUUUAAUGUGUAUUUUUAAACAAAUUUAUGGCAAUUAAAUAUUUGGAGAAAAGGGUAUCACAUUUCAAUUUGUAAAGAUCUUUUUAACUACUGUGUCAUUAAAAUGCUUUGUACAAUGCAAAACUGUAACUGGAGAAACUAAGUUUAAUAAAUAUCAAAUAGAUUUUCUGUAUUAAACUUUAUAAGCACUGUGCUUGAAUU